GAGGUGAACUGUCCCUGAAAAGCUGCUUGCAGGAGGCGGAGCCCCCCAGUCACUCGCCCAGCGAGGAAGCAGCAGGCUUUCAAGCCGGUGCGUUGCAGCAGCCCUUGCCUGAGCUAAGCGCGACCUCGCCAUGUCUGGGGCGCCGGAGAUCAUGGAAUCGCAGGUGAUGUGGGAGCCGGACUCCAAGCGCAACACCAAUAUGGACCAGUUCCGGGCAGCGGUAGCUGCUGCUUACGGGAUUCCCCUGGGUGAGUCUCUGCUGCUGCUGCUGGGGCUGCAGGGAUGGUGCCUCGGCGCUUGGGCGCAAGCUGCCCUCUUGGCGCCAGCUGCCCGGGGCUUGGGCAUCAGGCGGGAGGCAGAGCCGCCGGGGAGGCUGCGAGGCUUGGCUCUUGGGCUGCCGCCGGAGGGACAGAAGGAAGCGUCCCGCAGAUGAAGCGUCGCCCCGGGGCGGCUUGCCGGGCGCCGGGUCUGGCUUGGCCACUGGGGCGAAAGGGAGCCUAUCUCUGGGUGGCAGGGCUGGGGGGGGGGCGGACUGCUGCCUCGACGCCUCGCUGAGGGGUUUCCGUGAGCUGCUGGGCAGAGCAGUGCCCGUCAACCUGGUGCCCGCCCAUCAGGCUGGCUGGGGCUGAGGGGAGGCGCAGCCCAAAAGCAUCUGGGGCGCAUCUCAAGGCUGGCCGGGAGACCACCGGGUUGUGGGUGCUCUUCCGUUCAGUGACGUUUCUGCAUUUGGCUGUGACAAUUUCACUUUAAGGGUGCUAACAUAGCAUCUCUGAUCCUAGCUCAGACCCAUGCCCCUUUGAAAGAAACUGUUGUGAAGAAUUAAAAAUGGGGCUUAUAAUGCUCUGAGCAUGUGCAGAGUAUUUUCCCAUUUCUGCUGAGCAGCCGCCCCCUUGCACUCAUGUAGGCCUGAGGCCUGGCAACAGAUUCUGAGAACCUGGCAUUGUUGAAAAGCCAUCCCAAGCCCUUGACUUGCGGCGGUUCUCCUGUCUUGUUCAGUCACAAAUGUGAACCCUGUACCUGUCUGCAUUUGUUGGCUCCAAUAAAGGAUGUAGUACAGGGAAGCUGGGCACCUGAAAAUAUUUAUUCAGGUAUUCAGUCUCCCUCUCCAAUUUUCUUUGGAACAAUUUCCCCCAGAGAUUUGUUUAUUUUUUUUAAAAAAAAUAAGAUUCACAGUGAUAAAUGUAGAUGUGACAACCGUGUUACCAGGUAACUGAAAAGAGAGUUUUCUUGGGCAAACAGUUCUGUUCUGUUUUUCUGGUGAUGGGCAACUUAACUCUAGUCACCAAUGGCCUUGCCUGUACUGAAGGGACUCAUAAUACAUGGGUCAAUAUUUUAAGUAUCUGAUAACAGUGAUAUUUAAUUUUAAUUUUAUUUAUUAAAUUUGUAUUUCACCUGAAGAUUUCAGGGUUGUUCAUGGCAUAUAAAAUACAGAAUAAGACCACAAAAUACAUAAUAAAAACCAGAACAAAACAAGCCAACAACAUCCCCCGUAUAGAGACCUAAGCUGUGGUUUAGCUGUCCUAACGGGAGCUGCUGGCUAAACUAUCAUCUUGCUCAGCCUUGGCUGCAGCUUUGGGUCGCUCUGUGAGAAAAGCAACCAACAAAUAUAAACAUGAUAUUAAAGUGGGGGGCACAGUAUUGAAGGUCAUAGUACAGUUGCCAAAGAUUCAACAAUGAUUUUGUCAUCAUGGUGGAGGGAAGGUCUAAGUCUCUUAAGCUUCAGUGGGUGCACCUUUGCUCCGUUAACUUUCGUGGGGGAAGGUGGCUGAUCUUGUCAUGGCAGGGCAACACUCACACCCACCCAUGGUGUUGGACUGGGAUCUGGGAGACUUAGAUUCAAAUCCCCACUCACUGGGUGAUUUGGGCCAGUUCUGCCCCAUGGCCUAACCUACCUCACAGGUAGGUUGUGAGGAUAAAAUGGAAAGGAGGAGAGGUGUGUACACCACCUUGAGACCUUUGAAGGAAAGGUGGGAUAUACAUAAAAUAAAUAUUUAACAAGAGUGGGUUGUAUGGUCAAGACCAAGAGUGGGUUGUAUGGUCAAGAAGGCGGUUUCUGCACGUGCUGUAGAGGGAAAUGUGGGGCAGAUGGGGCUUGUCAACCUGGGAAGCUUAGCUCACCUAGGAGAAGGAAAGCUCUGAUCCCAAACCUCUACUGUCUUGCGGGAUAUCUUCGGGAGUAGUAUAGACUAGUGAGUAAACCCUACACAAAUCUGGAGGGGAGUCCCUAAGGCGGUUGGAUGGCAUCUUGUAUUCCUUCUUCCAGCAGCUCCUGCAGCCAAGCUGGUGUCCAGUGUAUUGCUCUGCUUUCCUUUGGACCGCAUCAGCCAGGCCGGGGGGGGGGGGGGCUUGUCAUCUAGGCAGCCCAGGACCUCCAUGCACACUGCCCAGGCUUGUGCCCCGGAUAGGUCACCUGGGUGCUGCUACUGCAGCAGUUUGACUUCAUCCCUGGAGGUGCACUUCAUUGUCUCUCCAGACGGACGGCUGCCAACUCACAGUGGCUCUACACUGACUGGCAGGGCUUUCCAGGGUUUCAAGCAGAGGAUAUUGCUAGCCCUACCUCAAGAUGCUGGGGAUUGAAUUUGAGGCCUUCUGCAUGCAAAGCAGAUGCUCUCUCACUGGGCUACAGCCCUUCCCUUCACAAUCUAGUGGGAAGCUCUUCUGUGCAAGCCCUUUUAAAGUGAGCGGAAUCGGACAAGAACUUGCUCUUCUUCCAAUGGGCUUUGCAGUGGAUUCUGCCCUGGUCCAGAUCUGUCCAUAUGCCACAUUAUGGCAUUUGUAUUACGGUCAUACCUCGGGUUGAAUAUGCUUCAUGUUGAGCGCGUUCGAGUUGCGCUCCACGGCAACCCGGAAGUAACGGAGUGCGUUACUUCCGGGUUUCGCCACUCGCACAUGCGCAGACGCUCAAAAUGACGUCACGCGCAUACACAGAAGUGGCAAAAAGUGACGCGCGCACGGACGUGCUGUCGCUAGUUACGUUUGCUUCUGGAUGCAAACAGGGCUCCGGAACGGAUCCCGUUCGCAUCCCAAGGUACCACUAUAUAUCAUAUACUGCUUACUUGCCAAAGUGGCUUUUUAGAGGUUUAGUGGUUUUAAAACCAAUUAUGAGAAAGAUAAGAACUCAUAAUUAGAAUACUCAAUAAAGCAGUUCCACCAGAACAUUAAAAUAAACACCCACAAUUAAAGUGUGCGAUAGCACACUACCAUUAAAACAGUUCAACAGUAAAAGCAGCAAUUAAAACAGAAAGUUUGGGUCAGGCGAAUGCUUGUCUAAAUUGGUGUGUCUUCAAGGGCCAAUGCAAUGUCCGUGGCACCCAAAACCUGCCAUCCGAAGUGGAGGGCUGUUGUUUCUCUCUGCUUCUCCAUUAAACCGUGGCCUUACAACUAAGUUAAAACUGUCGUGUCAUUUUCAGGCAGUGUGAGGGCAGCCUGGUGGCCUCUGGGUGAUGAGCUCAUUUUGAGCUCCACUUCUCAAAACCCUGUUUGCUUUCUCAUCUCUGUAGCAUCUUUCCUCUUCAUUUCACUGAGUAAAUUAGCAUCUUCUGUUUGUGCUUCGUAUUUAGCAGGCUGAAGGCCCACAAAUGUGGAGGUUGGCUCUUUGGCGGACCUGGAGCAUAUCUCCCGGACCAUCAGAGCCGAAGAUUAAUUGUCCUGCCCCCACCCGCCUGCAGUCCACCUUCUUUAGCUUUUUGUUCCCUAGGAAAACAGCAAAAGGGUUGUUUGUUUGACCUCCACCUUUUAUAAUGGCUAAGGACACACGGUCCUGCUUGAUUUCCAUAAGAUCCUCAGGUGUCUUGACGGGAGGAGGCAAUAUUAACCAUUUAUCAGCAAGCAAAUAUGGGAGCUAAUGACUUAUUGAAGAAGAGAGAAAGAAGCAGGUGGCUUUCCCAGUUCAGCCAAGAUUGGAAUUGUGAAGUGGUGAAGUCUUGUGGUGGCCUGGCGUCUCCAGCUAGGGCUGGCUAAAAGCUCCUGUCUGAAACUCUGGAGAGUUACUGUAGAGACACCAUGGACCUAGAUGAACCAGUCUUCUUACGUAGCAUAAGGUAACUUCCUAUGUGACUCCUUGCCCAAAGACAAUUAGCAUCUCAGUCUGUGGCUUGGGCUAGGAGUUCUCUCAUUGACUAAUUGCCCAGUUAUUGGGGGCUAUCAUAAUGCGUUAUAUCGAUUGGCCCUGAGUUGGGCAGGGAAAGGACCUUCUCACUAACCGCAUACAUUUAAAACAGUAUGAGCACUUGGGAUUUGUGUAGGGUUUGUUCCUGAGCCUUUUCUUCACCCGAAGAUACCCCACAAGGCAGCAGAGGUUUGGGAUCAGAGCUUUCUUUCUCCUAGGUGGUUGAUGAGCCCCAUCUGCCCCGCAUUUCCCUCUACAGCACGUGCAGAAACUGCCUUCUUGACCAUUCAACCCACUCUUGGUCUUGUCCACUCAAUCCUCCAGAGCCUGUCUUCUUAUGCAGGGGAGGUCCCUAAGUCACUGAGGGUUUGAGACCCAUCAGCUACCCACACCUGGUUUAGCCGCCAGUCAAAGCCAUUUCCCAGGGUGUGGCCAAUGUUGCAAGCUUCUAGGAGCCACAGGUGAGAGCUGAGUGCAGGGUGGGGACCAGAGGUUUGUUCAGUGUAGAGACAAUACUGAACUAAAUGAACUAAACCAGGGUGGACAGACUACCCCAGAAGGAGCAUGGCAUGCCCCCCACCAGAUAGUACUACUCCUCCCCUAACUCCUCAUACGUCCCAAUAAGAAGUAAGAUUCAUAUUUAUAUCCUGCUUUUCUGUAGGAUAGCCAAAGCGGUUUAUAAGAAGAUAGGGCACACACACAUUAUUUUUGUGUCCUAUCAAAAUGAAACAGAAUAAAACUGGAAACAGCCCAAUAACAACAAAAUGGCAAUCUGAAACAAUUAAGCUUAGGCAGCCAAAUCUUGGGCUGCAGAUCGCUUGCACGUUGUGUUAUAGAUUAUCAUUGAAAUAAAGAUGUCUAUAUUUACCCUACAGCCAACUACAAUGAAUUGUACCAUUGGUCGGUGAAUCACUAUGCAGAUUUCUGGGCAGAAUUUUGGAAGUUUAGUGGGAUUGUCUUCUCCCGCCUUUAUGAUGAGGUAAGCCACUAGGGAUCUGAUCCUCUUGCUUUAUUUAUUAUUAUUUGGAAAGAUUUUCAAGCUGCUCAAUCUAAAGGUUCUUAGAAGCAGUGCACAUAAUAAAAUUGUAGCUAAAGCACAGCUAAAAUACACCAAACAGAUAUACACGCGUGCGCGCACACACACACGAGUAAUGAUUAAAGUACAGUUUUUAAUUUGAAAGAUUUUGCACUGCAUCCAGCAUUCUCUGCUAGUGCAAGUGUGAGUCUGAAUGCUGCACGACAGAGAAAUCCAGUGCAACAGUUGCACAACAGUAGAAACACAUUGUGUGACAAAGUUAACCACAACCUGCUUGUACAACAGUGUUCCACAAGUGCAAAACAUUUCACCAGUGGAACAAGUAUUUUGCUAAGUGACUAAGAAUUCUUUCAUACCCCCAUUUGCCCCACCGCUUUCCACUGGGGAAACCUGCAGUUUAGCGCUGAAUUGGAGCAAAGGGCAAUAGGCUUUUCCACGGAGUGUUCUGAUUUAGUGCUAAAGACCAGGUGGGGCAAAGGCUUGGAGCUGUGCCUGCAAAGCAAAGCACAAGGGGAAAACUGCUGGUGGGAGUUGUAGUUCAGCAGCACCUGUGGGGCCGAAGGUUUCCCCCACCUGCCCCUGAGGUUAAAGAGACCAGCAGUGACAGGACAGUGGGGCAUGCAUGGAUCAGUGGCAGAGAACAAGUUUUUCGUGCAGUGUUUUACGUAUAUAAAACAUUUCAUGGCUGCCUUUCAGAGCAGCCACCCUCCAGGUGCUUUGCAUCAAAAUACACAUUUCAAUAAUAUACCAUAGGCUUAAAAACAGUAGUUUAAAAACUGUGUCUUUUAUCAGUUUUUGAUGGAUCAAAUAUGGAUUUAAAAUAUAAACCUCUUAAUUUUUUUCUAUUAGCUUGUUUGACCAUAUCACAGGUCUAGAAGAAGUAAUCAGGCUUUUCUGUAAACAUUUUGUUCAAUAAUGUAAAGUUUAUUCUCAUUUCUGAGAGAUUGACUCAUAAAUUGCAUGUAUCUUGGGUACAGCUAAACUUCUGGAUUUUGCCUCCAUUUGGCAACCAUAUGUUACUUAUAUGACAGGCCAAGCACAGGGAUGGCAAGUACAGUACUGAUGAAAUAUGGCUUUAUUUGGUAUUUAUAUUUUUUUUUUGUAUUCUCUCUGUAUCAGGUUGGUUUUUUGCUAUAGCAUCUAAUUCAUUGUGUAGUCUCUUGAUAAUGUUCUUUGUUUUAUGAGGUAUGGAUGUGAACCUUGGUUUUCUGUUUUGUACAAUUUUCUUUCUUUUUUCAUAUUUUAUAUUACGUUCAUGAUACAGUUUUGAAAAUUUAAUAUCUUUGAGCCAAGCCAAGCAAUCUAUAGAAUCUAAUUAAACAGUUCAAGAACACAAUUUAAAAGCAGCAGUAAAGUAACCACUAAUACUAAAAAAUCAGUGUGACCUUUAAUUUUAAAACAGCAUCAGAUCUGCUACAAGCAAUUUGAUGCAAGUGGAUCUUCAAACCACAUUUAAGAAAUGGGAUAUUUUUCUCAGUGGAGUGGUUACAUUAAGUAAUAUGUCUGAAUGUUGAAUGUGUAUGUGUAAAGACAUUGGUUAAAACAAGCACCCUUAGAUGUACUGCUGGUUAAGUGUUUAACGGUUAUUGUAUUUGUAUUUAAAAACCAAAAGAAAUGUUUAACAAAAGAAAGAAACAGGACAUAUGGGGUGAGUCCUCUAUCCUUUUGGGGACAGGGUUUGAGUUCCCAAAAUGAGGGAGGACAUGUAGGUGAGAAAGUCCUGUCUGUGGAACUGGUUUUGCAGGUGGGCCAAUGAGCAAUUUGAGUUAAAACGAUGCCCUGUAGCAAGUGAUGUGAGAGAUUUUUGCCUGACUAAGAAUGGAGUCAAAUUCAUCCUUCUGUCUCAAGCACCAGCACAGUCCUGGCUUGCGCUGGCAGCAAGAUUAGGUGGUGCAUUGCAUGUGGAGAGAUGCCAGUUGUCAAUCCGCUCCACCACGUCAAAGUGAGAAACAAGAAUAUUGGGGAGAGGUGGGGAACCCUUUUCUCUUUUCUGGGCUUAUGCAGGAGAAAGAAAACUGAAGUGAAGGCCUUUCAGUUGGAGGCUGGGGCCCCCACUGCACUAUACAUUUAAAGCACAGAUGUAUAACCUCAGAGAAUCCUGGGAGCUGUAGUUUAAGGGUAUUGAGUGAUGUUAGGAGGCCCCUAUUCCCUUCCCAGAGCUACAGUUCCCAGCGUGAUGGUUUAACAGUCUUCCAGGGCCGAAACUAGGCUUUCUGUCACCUGGGCAAAGACCCAGUUUGUCUUACACCCCCACGUGUGUUUGUGUGUACACACACACACACAUACACACACACAACUCAACACGCUUGUUCAUAAAGGGCAUAAAAAGUAGUUUGAAAUAGGCUGGAGAAGAGAUAGUAAAAUUGUCUGUGUAUAUAUCAUUCAACCUUAAGUAGAUCUUCUCAGAGAGUAAUAGAUCUUUUGAUGAAUUCUAAGAAGUAUUAUGACUGUAUGUAAUAAUAAUAAUAAUAAUUAAUAAUAAUAAUAAUAAUAAUAAUAGAAACUGUGAUAAUUAUCAGGCACAUGCUAGAGAGUCCUAUUGAACUCAGUGGGACUUACCUCUAAGUAAAAAUGCUUAAGAUUGCAGUAUAAGAUUGCAGAAUCUUUACACAGUUACCUGGGAGUAAACUCCAUUGAAUUCAGUGGGACUUACUUCUGAGUAGUAAAGGCAUGCAGUUUAAGACUCUAAGGCAGGCAUGGCUAAACUUGGCCCUCCAGAUGUUUUGGGACUACAGCUCCCAUCAUCCUUAUCUUAACAGGACCAGUGAUCAGGGAUGAUGGGAAUUGUAGUCCCAAAACAUCUGGAGGGCCAAGUUUGGCCAUGCCUGCGAGUCUAAGGAAUAAAAUGAAUAAAUACUUAACAAGUUUUCUUUAAAAAAUGCUGGCUGCUGAGCCAUUGCAAUUAAAGAAUUUGACGUGGAUUGGCUACAUUUUCCUUCCAAAUUACAAGAAGGGAUAAAUACAAAGUGCUUCAUAUUUCAGCAUCAUAUUUCUUUUAUUACAGAUAUUUUAUUUUCAGUAUAAAGAGGACUCAGUUUUUGUAGCUGAUUGUAUGCAGCAGUGCCCUCUUUAUGUAUGCACAUGGUGUAAACAUGUAUGUUGUCCUCUAGAUCCAAACACACACACACACACACACACACACACACACACACACAGAGAAGACACAAGCAAGCAAUACUCCAAAGUGCUUCUGUUCCCAAAAAGGGCAGGAGGUGUUGUUCUGAUCUCUUCACCACUUUUAAUUGAUCUCUGAGAUGUUGAGGGAAGCAAAAGAAGAAGGAAGAAAGCCACAAAACUUUCCCUUUUCAACUUUGCUUGGAGAGCAACCUCCUCUAGGAUUUCUCUUUCACACACAGUUCCAGAAACAGGCAGGGGGAAAGAGGAAGGUUUUCCUGCUUCCCCUUGCAAAUGAGCGUCCCUCUGGUGCUCAGCAGCCACAAGGAGGGGCAUGGUCAGAGGACCCCCCCCACAAGCUGGGAGCCUUACUGGUGCCCCUCUAGAGGCUUCACCCAGGGCUGAGAACAUGGCUAGCCCCCCCUUGACUACAGCCUUGCCCUCUUCUCAUGGAACUCUGUCAGGGGAAUAGGGUGGGGGUCCUCUAACAACACUCAGCACCCUGAACAGACUACAGGAUUUUUGCCUGGCUGGUGGCGGGAAGCCAUGACAGUUUAACAUGACAUGAUCCUGCUUUUAACUGUAUAGUGAGUAUGGGUCAGGCUGUUAGUGUCCAGUUCACAGCCCUGAAGGCGGAAUCAGGGCAAAAGUGGGGCUUUUGUAAUGGUUGCUUGCUAUCCCCCCACUGCAGGGCAAGCAACCAUUUCCAUGGUUGGGGCCAAAUGACUGAAUGCGAGAUAAAAAAGGGGCAACUUUGGAACGAGACUUUUUAAGGGGAUGAGGCAACCCUAGACCAGCCUUCUUACAACCUGUCAACCUCCGGAUGCUGUCAGAGUGAAGCUCCCAUCAUCCCUUGCGGAAUUUAUAUCGCUCUGUUCACUUUUGGAAAGGCUUUGUGUGUUUUAAAAUAGAAGCAGUAUUCUUUUAAUAAUCUGUCUUAAAAUGGUAGUUUUUGUUUAAGCUGGCCUGGGACCUCGUGUGAAGGGCAGGUAAGAAAACUUGCUAACUAGGCAAAUAAAGCUUUGUCCUGUUGGCUUUGCUGGCUGGAGCUGCCAGGACCCCCAAUGUCAGGGAGGCACAGACUGAGAGAGGCUGUGGAGCAGUGAAGAUGCCUGAAGCAGUGUGGGCCUUGAGGCACGGUGGUCUCUCACGUGGGAUUCUGGUAAUGGGGAAACAAGCCAGCCUGGAUUUUGGAGUGUGGGAACUCUUCUCCGCCCCAGUAGCAGAUAUGACCAUGAAGCUCUUCUUUCCUAAGGAUGCCCGGCCUUUUUUCCACCAGGUGAUUGACCCUUCCAAGGGCAUUGCAGAUGUUCCAGAGUGGUUUAAAGGCAGCAGGUUGAACUAUGCAGAAAACCUCUUAAAGCACAAAGAAAACGAUAAAAUUGCGCUCUAUGCUGCACGUAAGUAGUCAUUGUGAAUCUUUGCUCUUGUGACACCUGUGAUUCUUCUCUCUCUCUCUCUCUCUCUCUCUCUCUUUUCUGCCCCUGUCGUUUUAUUGUGCUUUAUUUAUAAUAACACGCACAUUCAUACAAUUAAAGAACAGUAAACUAAACAUUAGCAACAGUCAGCCAGAGAAGUAUCACUUGCAGUGGUCAACCUUGUGCUUCUACCAAUAUUUCUCUUCAUUGCAAAGCACUUCUUUCUAUACAGUGGUACCUCGGGUUACAGGCGCUUCAGGUUACAGACUCCGCUAACCCAGAAAUAGUACCUCGGGUUAAGAACUUUGCUUCAGGAUGAGAACAGAAAUUGUGCGGUGGUGGCGCAGCGCAGCAGGAGGCCCCAUUAGCUAAAGUGGUGCUUCAGGUUAAGAACAGUUUCAGGUUAAGAAUGGACCUCCAGAACGAAUUAAGUUCUUAACCCGAGGUACCACUGUAAUUUUUGCCUCUGGAAGACUCUUCUUAGUUGAAUUUUUACUCCCUUUUCUCUCUCUUUUUAUCUGCUUGACUUGCAGCCCAUUUCAUGGAGUGGUAAAAUAAUCAGGCCAAUUUGGGGGGGGGGGCAGAGUAUAUUGAUUAGCCUGGCAGUGUGUCUGUUGGGCAGACUUGCUCUGGGCUUCCCCUUGUUGCCAAACGCUUCUGCCUACUGCCAUAGAGACUCUUUCCUGCCCUGCAGGCUUUGUAGAGAGAUUGCAGUCGUCCCAAACUAGUUUGUCAGGCAGCCCUUUGCCUAACCUGCUCUCCCCUCGGGGCUUUUUCUCCCACCUGCUGGAGACUGGUUGUCUUAAGUAACCAGCCUGUUUGCAGAACGCCUAGUUCCCACAGUUUCUUGGGGGCACUGCUUCCUUUUUCCUUCCUGUAGCUCUGUGUUUCUCGGCCUGGUGCCCUUCAGGUGCUGCUGAACUCUGGCUCCCACCAGUUCCAGCUGCCCAAUGGAGGGCACAUCAGGUUGGCGAAGGCUGCCAUUAACCCAUCACGGAUGGCAACAGGUUUUCUGGAUGAGUCUUCAUCUUAAUGCAGACUUGCAAAUAAUCCCAUGAAACCUGCCUAGGCACGCCAGUUCCGAAUCUUUUAAGGGUUGCAGCCCAGCAGAUGACCACUUACCAAGGUUGCUGCAGGACGGUGUCCUAUCUGCACGGGGGCUUGGUCUAGAUGGCCUUUGAGGAGCCUUCCAACUCAACGAUCCUACUUCUCAGGGGCAAUUGGUGGCAGUCAGGCCAUAUGUCAUGUCUCAGCUAGGGGGGUUCUCCUGAGAGAAAGACCAAGCAGGCUAGGACAGGUGCCGCCUGGGGGUGAGGAGCUGGGAUCCUCUGACGAGGCCCAUGAGGGACCACCCCAUCCAGGAUGGGUUUGGCUUCUGACAUCAAGACCAAAUGGGUCCCAAGCCAGAGGGAAGGUGGAAACCCGCCCCAUCUGGAGAAAUGCCCAGUCCGUUUUGGUCGCUAGCUUGGACCCUGACUGUGGACUCUUCUGCCUCUUGCCUGACCUUUAGUUUUAGACUCUGAACUUGGGCUGGUCCUGGAUGCUACUUUGGCUGCCACCCUAUUGGUGUUGCUGCUGGCAAGUCUCCCUGCUGGCUCAGGAGCCCAGUGGGAACAGGAGACUGUGCAUCCUGGGGUGGUAGGUGGAGUCACACAGCCUUGUGGGACUUGGGUCACCUCUGCAUCGCACACUUAAAGCAUGCAGCUUCCCCCCAAAGGAUCCUGGGAACUGUGGUUGACCCCUCACACCACCUAUAACAAGCUACAGUUCCCAGGAUUACUGGGUGGGGUUGUGACAGGUAGCCAUGUGCUUUAAGUGUGGUGUGUAGAGGCAGGGGAAGCUGAGAGCUUUGCUAAAGGAGCUGGGUGUGUACACAUUUGCAUCAUGAGCAGGUAACAGGAUUUCCCCACAGGCUCUCUUUGAUGCCAGAUGUACCAUCCCUCCUCGAAGUGUGCAAGAUGCAGGGGUGUAUCGCAAGGCUGCAUCAUUCCCCUCCUCCUCCACCUCCAGGUUCUUUAUUCUGCUUAAGGAGAUUUAAGGGCUAAGCUGGCGUGGGGUUUUUAUAGCUCCAGGUUUAAUGUCAGAGCAGGGCUUAAGCAGUCUGGCACCCAGAAGGACCAGUGACGGUCCUUGCCAAGUGUUUUGAGACCCUUUUUGGGGAAAGCUGGAGACCUCUGCAGCAGCUUCCACCACUUCCUUUGAAAUGCUGCACAAGCAAGGUUUUUGUAGCGCUUCUGGUGCUCCCCUCCUUGUGGUUAGAACAGCAGCUUGUGCUGGGCUUUGGGGCCGAGCGUGUGGAAGCUCUGACCCUCCAGGGGUUUCUGCCCGCCCUGGUCAGCGUGGCCAGUGGUCAGGGAGAGUGGGAGCUGUAUUUCAUCUGUUUGGCAGUGGAAUGGGCUAUCUCAGAAGGUUUCCAAGCACUAUUCAAAGUGUUGCUGCUGACCUUUAAAGCCCUAAAUGGCCUUGGCCCUUUGUAGCAGAAGGAGCAUCUCCACCCCCAUCGUCCAGGAGAUAAAGGAGAUCGUCGAGGAGAUGUCAAGGAGAUAAAUAACUAUGCAACUUUUAGAAGACAUCUGAAGGAAGCCUUGUAUAGGGAAGUUUUAGUGUUUGCUGUUUUAUUAUGUUUUUAUAUGUGUUGGAAGCUGCCCAGAGUAGGGCUGGGCAGUGUUGGGUUUUCAACAUCAUGGCGAUAAACUGCACUGUUGAAAAAAGCUGCAUUGGCCCCAGCCGGUGAGGUGCCGGGUGAAACUGCUGCAGCCCUCACCAUGGGAGCUGAGGCGCUUUCACCUCAGCCCCUCGCAGCCUUUUCCAGCCUGGUGCCUCUCCCACCAUUCCUGCCCUCUGAGCUGAAGGCAGCUGGGGUCCAACGGCCCAUGCAAGGUCACCGCUCUCCCAGCUCCUUCCUUACUGCGCUCUGGCUGGCAUAAUGGCUGCCAAAACCAGAGUAGACCUGGCCAAUGUAUCUUUUUUAUUCUGCAAAUAAAAAAAUACUUUGAUACUAUACUGAACUGCAGAGGUUUUCAACCUUUCUGAGUCCAUGGCUCCCUUGACCAACUACAUCCUUUCUGCGGCAUGCUGUGGGAUCAGCACCCCUGACCAUCAUUCAAGCCCAGGAGCCCAGUUAGGUCACCCUUUGCCGGCAGAGCUGGCAGCCUCUAACCACUGCACCUCCCUGGCAGUCUUUUGCAGCUGCCCACUGGACACUGCCCAAGUCUUGCAAAAGAAAACUCUUUCCUUGCAAUGGCCUCCCUCCCGGCCGGCCGCCUGUCUGGUGUUCUUUGCAUCCUAAUGUAAACUUGCUAAUGAUGGGGCUUGCCUCCUUCAAACUUUCCCCUUCUCCUUCCACAGAGGAAGGCAAGGAGGAGAUCGUGAAGGUGACUUUUGAAGAGCUGAGGCAGCAGGUCGCUCUCUUCGCAGCAGCCAUGAGGAAGAUGGGUGUGCAAACAGGAGACAGAGUUGUCGGUGAGUCAGCCUCCCUUUUCAAAUGCCCAUCCUCUAGGUAAACAGAGACUGGGUACUUGGGAUGCUAAGCCGCAGGCCCCCCUGAUUUUGUGCAUACAUUCAUAUGAAGGAACCUUUUAUGCCUUGUGUUUAUCUUGGGAUAAAGUGAAAUCUUGGAGCCCUGGCUCUUGGAGGGUUCCCAGACUUCCAGCUCCAGAGGGGAAAAGAGUGAAACCAGCAAGGAGCAGUGAUGCAGCAUCUGCAGCUCUCUAGAUGUUUAACGAACUCCAACUCCCAUCAGCCCCAGCCGGUGUGGGCAGUGCUUGGGGGCUGAUGGGAGUUGUGGUCCAGCAAUAUCUGCAGGACCACCAGUUCCCCAUCCCUGCAAUAGAGGAAGAUAGUGAUGCUUUGACAAAUCACGCUCUUUCGCUGCCUGCCAUGUUCUUUGCAUCAGAACCUGACCCCUCUUGACAAGCCAGGGACCAUACAAAUCUGUCUGCACUUCCAAAAUUUGUCAUCAUGAAACAUGACUGAUGACUGGGUUACAAAGAUCAACUAAAAGUCUUGCUGACUCUUACUUGCAUCUUAUGCAAUUCUCAGAAUAGGCACCCUUUCUCCCCUGCCCCACUCCCUCCUUUUUUGAAGUGUUGAAACUAAAACAAUUACAGUUGCAUUUAUUUAUUAUCCUAUACAGCAGGGAUGAGGAACCUGUGGCCCACGAGAUGCAAUUGGACUCCCAAAUCCCAUUUGCCCCAGUCAGCAUGCCUAGUGAAUUGCGGAUUAUGGGAUUGUAGUGCAGCAACAUGUGGAGGACCACAUAUCCCCUUUCUUUGCUGUAUAGUAUACAAAUAACAGCCUCAGCCUCUGUGUGCCAAACCUUAUGUAGCCAAAACAGCACCAUCCACAUGCAGCAGAGAGGUAUCAGCAAAGUUGGAUGAACACCUAAGUUUGCAGAAGAAACCCCAAAAUAGCCCUUUGGCAGAGCUCAAAGCAUCACAGUAGCCUCUUACAGAUGUGCCUCUGCCUACCUGGUGUCCUCCAGAUGUUUGUUUGGGUUAUCUAAGAAAUUAAUAUGCCUCUUAAUUACAAUCAUUUCCAAGCGGUAUACAGAAGAUGCAAUGCAGAAAAGGGCAAAAAUCUGUUAAAACUAUAAAAUGAGAUUUCAGUUAGAAUGUCUGCUGGAUUUUAAAAAAAUCUUCAGUAGGUGCUGGAAUUUCAACAGGGACGGGAAGCUGUCUGAGGUCAACUGGAAGAGAGUUCCAAAAAAUUGAUUUGAUUUGAUUUUGAUUUAUUACAUUUAUUUUCAUUCAAAUGAAUCCGAAAGUGGCUUACAAACAAUAAAAAAUAAUAACAAGCUAGAACAUGUAAUAAACAUCACAAAUACAGCAUAAAUCAUAUAGAAUAAUUAACAAAUCAUCCAUGAAACAAUUACUCUGUUAACAAAGCAAUGACUAAAAAAUAAGUGAAACAGCAGAAUUAAAGCAAAUCAUAUUAUCUGAUUAACAAAUCAAGGCAGUGUUUAUAAUCCAUAAAAAAAAUUAACAAAAUAGCAGCCAAAAAUUAAGCUAAGUGUUGUCUGAGCCAUGGGGGACCACUGACAGUGGCUCCCGUGAAGACUAGGUGAUCGUGUAGGGAUAGAUGGCAUCAGGCCAUCCUGGACCCAAGUUACAAAGGGUUUUGUAAACUAAUACCAGAACCUGGGACCUGACUCCAAGCAGCAUAUGAACACCAGGGAAGGCGGAGGUUGCGUCACCAUCUUGUCCCUUGUUCUCCCUGGGAUGCCUGUUGCAAAAGCCAGCUUAAAUGUCCUCUGUCGUGUGAGGCAACGUGGCUUUUGAUGCCCCAGUGCUGCAAGCAUUUCUGCUGUUACCUGCCUCCCUCGCAACACUUCUUGAGCAAUGCAGGUGGGUGAAAAGGAGCGCAGUUGCACAGUGCUCUCUGAUUGCGCAGAAAAGGUUUUGCAACUUGUCUCCUCCUCCUUCUUAAGACACAUUAUUUUUAAUUCCAAAUAUUACAGAAAGAAAAAAGAAAUGCUUUGGGUCACAUCAACAAUGACCUGUCAAUCCAUGGGUAGGCAAACUAAGGCCCGGGGGCCGGAUGCGGCCCAAUCGCCUUCUCAGUCCGGCCUGCGGAUGGUCCAGGAAUCAGCGUGUUUUUACAUGAGUAGAAUGUGUCCUUUUAUUUAAAAUGCAUCUCUGGGUUAUUUGUGGGGCAUAGGAAUUCGUUCAUCACCCCCCCCCCCAAAAAAAAUAUAGUUUGGCCCCCCACAAGGUCUGAGGGACAGUGGACCGACCUCCUGCUGAAAAAGUUUGCUGACCCCUGAUCCAAUCCAAUUGGAUUGAAUCGAAUCAUACAGAGACCAUGUGUCCAAAUAAAUAUCAAAGCACCAUUGAGAAAUGGAUGGUGGGUGUUUAUCCCUCUAAUCUUGAAGUAUAAGUAUCUUGGCAGGCAUAAGUGCUCUCAGGAUCCACUUUUGUUGUCCUCUGACCAAGCUCUAAACUUGGUCCUGAUUUGGGGUGGGAGGUGGGCUGAAUGACUUGGGACCCUUUCAGUCUGCACACCCAGGUCAAGUUUAUUAAUCAUUCAGAUUCACAACUGGGGUGGGGUUACAUUAUUUUGCCUAGUGCCUUUCGUGGGGAGGGGGCCCUAGAUCUGGAAUGCAAAGUACUGGACCUCCAGCAAUCUUGCCAAUUACCUUAACACACAGAAAUCUCCAUACAGAAAUUCAUAACUUAAAUGCAAGUAACCUGCCUGAAACCUUGCAUUUUUACCACUACAGUAGUUGGAUUAGUGUCCAAGUUGUGUUAACAUUUUAGUACUCUGCAUAGCUUUUUCUAUCACGUUUCUUGUUCAGUUGACCCUGUUCCAGAUGACUGGAAAGCUCCACCCAAAUAGUUUAAAAACCUUCAAAUUCAAUGAGCCAUUCACCCAAAUACCUUUUUGGGGGGUCUAUAUCAUUACCAUGCCUUAAUUCACCAUAAGGUGUGCUUUUAAACAGUAUUCAGAAAACGCCUCCAGCUGUCUUCUCAAACUUGCUUUUGUUUGGGACAGAUGUACAGUGCCGUUUGCAUAUAGUAAAACAGAAAUACCGUAUUGGCCCGAGUAUAAGUCACACCUGAAUGUAAGCCACACCUUUAAAAUUGGAGGGGGGGGAAAGAACCCCCCUGAAUAUAAGCUGCUCAAUUCCUCGCUGCUCCUGACAGCGUACUGGGGGGGGGGGGGAACACGCUGCGCUGCCGGCGGCCUUUCCCCUUCCUUCCUUUCUCCCCUCCCGGCCUUGGGGGAGAGGAUAGGGGACUAUGCACAGGGCUGGCGCCACUUUGCCGCACUCCUGGCGCUGUUUGCCCCACGCUCCUGGCUGCAUACCAUAAGCUCGCAAAUAUAAUCCGCACUUUAACUUUUCACAGUCAGAAUUUUGGGGAGGAAAUGAGGCUUAUAUUCAGACCAAUACGGUAGCUUUUUUGGGAAAUGGUAAGUUGGAGAUGUUAUCUUGACAACAUCAUUGUGUAACCUCUUUUAUGGGAUGGCACAGAAUCCAUAAGAUACCCAUCUUAUUGCACCUUUGGUCAGGUUUUGAUGAGUACACCUUUUAUGAGAAGAGGAGGUCUUUUCUCUUGCAUGGGAAACUGCAUCAAAUGCUGCCUAUAAAUGCUGUCAACUGCAAGCGAUUCCAGACCAUUGCUAUUUUGGGGUGGGAUUCUGUCACAUACUGGCAAAUUCAGGCUACACAAUUAUAGUUGACUGGGAGGUCUUCAGCAGCAACCCCCCCCCACCCCAAUAUGGAGGAAUGCAUUUGGAAGCGUGGGGUGACACUUGCUCUGAUGCAACGUUGUUUAACCUUCCUGGAAACUAAGAAGAGUGGCUGCUUCUUAAAUAGCCCGAGGGUCAUGGCUGAGUGGCAGAGAACCUGCUUUGCCGAAUGUCCCCAGUGCUUUCCCCAGCAGCAUCUCUAGGUAGGGCUGGGAGAGAACCCAGCCUGAAACCUUGGACAGCCACUGCCAGUCGUGUAGGCAUUGCUAAGCUACAGGGACACCUUUGUUCUGAAUUGGUAUAAAGCAACAUCUUGCAUCUGAUUUCCCUGGUAAAGAUGGACAUUCAACAAACAGAUUGUCCAGAAGUGUACUCAGUGUGGUCUAGGGCCAGCAACUGGGGUUGGCACCAUUGGGCGCUGAGUGGGGCCUGAGCCCUCAGCAAGGGGCAUCCUCCUGGCCCCCAGAGCCUCUUGCCCUGCUGCUUACUGGCCCAGAGGGAGAGAGCGCCAGGAAUGACUGGGGCUGAGCCAAAGUAACACCAGACUCCACUUCCCUGCGUGUUGGUGGGGUGGCAGGGAGUAGGAGGAGAGGGGCCCACAGGAGCUUGGCAGGCAGGAAGUCCCAGGUGUUUUUUGUGGCGUGAAAUAUUAUUUUAUCAAUAUUUUAUUUCUCAACCCCACCAAUAAGAUACAAGCCCCUCCCAAAACCCUUUUAGAGUACCAUUUGAGCAUGAAAAGAGCAUGCGUUGUUAUCAGCACCUUACACAGAUGUUGACAAUCAUCAUUCAGGAUUUGCUUUGUAUGCAUCCACUCCACAUGGUAUAUGGGACGCUGGUGGCUGUGUAGUGUCAAACCUACCCCUUCUGCAACAUCUGCAUCAAGCGUUCAGGGGCACCGUUUCAAAGACCUCGCCCAUUCAGCCGUGUGCACAAUUUUCCAAACUCUUGAGGCCACUUCCAACCUGUAUUGCUGAAGCUGUGCAGUUGUGGGCCUGACAAGACACACUAAGAAGCAGGCGCUGGAAAGGAGAUUCUCGUGCCUGCUAGCUCCACUUCCUCCCCAAUGAGGCUAAUUCCCCAGAUUAUAGAAGUGUUUAAAUGUACCUUGGGGCCUGAAAGAACAUGUUUUGUUGCACAUUUACCCCUUAAGCACAACACAUACCCUCACUGAAUGCAUCCUGUUCCUGCUCUAGGCAGCAAUUUUGCCAAUGCCAGCAAUCUCACAAAAGGAAGGUCCUGCAGAUGAAUUCACUGUGCAACUGGUUUGGAGAUUGAACUUUAAACUGGAAGUGCAGGAAAUGGUACUUUCCCAUUUUCUCCCCCGCUAGCCUGCUUCUCUUCCAGAUGAGGCUUUUUUGAGGAGGGUCCUGCAAACUCGUCUGGCCCCUGUAAUUCCCCCAGUCUGCCCUGGGGAUUAGCUGGGAGAAAGAAAAGGUGUAAUUUAGACAUAGGUGUGAUGUCAACACAUCUAGGAUGUAGAUAGGGGUGUGACCUAAUUCGUCUCCUGCUGUGGGGUGGGGCCCAUAGGUCAGGCAGAAGGCCCCAAGCCUGUCUCCAGGUAAGGCUGCAAGACUCUCCCCUGCCUGAAGCCCUGGAUAGCUGCUUCCAGUUAGUGUAGGGAAUAUGGAACUGGAUGGAGCCCUGGUCUGAAUUGGUUAAGGCAGUGUGGGCUGUUCCCCUGCACAGGGCACAACAACAACAACAACAACAACAUUAACAUUUAUAAAGGUACCGACUGGAAAGUUCCCUUAAAAAGCAACUGUACAAAAAGGAAUUACUGUGAAAAUAAGAAAUAUUGGCGCACACCCACCCACCCCAAAUUUUGUCCUCACUCAUAGAAUCAUAGAAUCAUAGAGUUGGAAGAGACCACAAGGGCCAUCGAGUCCAACCCCCUGCCAAGCAGGAAACACCAUCAGAGCACUCAGGGUGUUGAAUUACUUGGUGUAAGACAGCUUUCUACUUUCCACCUAAUUCAACUAACCCAAAAAUGGAAUUAUGAACUGACUUACAAAACUGCACAAAUUUGCCCACAACCCUCACUUCCUUCUAAAACCAAUAUAUUUGUUGGUUUAUUAUCACCGCCUCUCAGCCUAACCUACCUCACAGGGUUGUUGUGUGGGGAGUGGGAGAACCAUGUACACUGCCUUAAGCUCCUUAGAGAAAAAGGUGGGAUAUAAAUGGAAAAUAACUAAGUACUAUGUUAUUUAUUAAAUUUGUAUCCUGCCCUCUUCCCAAAGGACUCUGGGGCGGUAAAUGCAUCUGUGAGCAAUACAGUACCAUUAAAAAUAAAGUAAAAUAAACAUAUUUAAAACAAUUUUAGGUACCCAAGACCAUUUAAGAACAAUUAAACAGAGUAAACCAUAACAACUUUAAAACCACAUGUAACCAAAUCAUGGGUCUGGAUAGACCCUCUGAAACAGAAAUUUUCAACAGGCAUCUAUAACAGUACAGGGAUGAUUCCUGCCUAAUUUCAAUAGGCAGGGAGUUCCAGAGCUCAGGGUCUGCCGCGUUAAAGAAAUGACUCCUUGCAAAAAGCGAGGUAAGCAACCUGUCGCCUUGGCAAAAGUGAAAGUUCCUCAGAUGGAGGUGGUAGAACAGGCACAUAAGAGGUGAUCCCGGGAGUAAACCGGCCCUAAGUUAUUAGGUAAAGGUAAAGGGACCCCUGACCAUUAGGUCCAGUCGUGGCCGACUCUGGGGUUGCGGCGCUCAUCACGCUUUACUGGCCGAGGGAGCCGGUGUACAGCUUCCGGGUCAUGUGGCCAGCAUGACUAAGCCACUUCUGGCAAACCAGAGCAGCGCACGGAAACAGCGUUUACCUUCCUGCCAGAGCGAUACCUAUUUAUCUACUUGCACUUUGACGUGCUUUCGAACUGCUAGGUUGGCAGGAGCAGGGACCGAGCAACGGGAGCUCACCCCGUCACGGGGAUUCAAACCGCCGACCUGAUCGGCAAGUCCUAGGCUCUGUGGUUUAACCCACAGCACCACCCGCAUCCCUCCUAAGUCAUUAAGGGCUUUAUAUAUCCAUAGCAACACCUUGAACUUGGCCAGGUAGCAUAUUUUGCAGCUAUUUAUACACGCAAUAUUAAAGCGACUGAAAUUACAACAAUAAAAUGAAACUUAAUGGUGCAGCUCAGAAAUGAAUGACUGGAAAACAAGCAUCCUUUGCUAAAUUCCCUCAAUAUUGUCCACACUGACUGGCAGCCACUCUCCAGGGUUUUGAUGGAAGGACAUUCCCAGCCCUUCUUGGAGAUACCAGGGAUUGAACCUGGAACCUUCUGCAUGUAAAGCAGAUGAUCUGCGUUUCAUCUGUGGCCUUUUUUGCAUGCUAUGCUGUUUGAGGUGCAGUGAUAGGCUGUGGAAGGAGGGGAGGAAAAGCUUGGGAUCUGCGCCUCUUGGGCCAACCUGCCUCUUGCUUGACAAACAUUGGCCAAGAUCCCUUGCUGGAGCUCUGGGUUUCACACGCCACCUUGGCUCCCUCCUGCCCACCGGCUGCACGUGGGGGAAUCUGAUUCACCAAAUUGGAGAAAUGACAGGCAGUGUUCUAGCACGAUGGGCUUCUUGGAAUGGGGGCUUGCUUGCCGUCAUGCCACCUGGGCGCAGGCUUCCUCCAGUGUUGUAACCACUGCAAUUCCUAAACCUCUCCUAGGCUACUUGCCCAACGGCAUCCAUGCGGUAGAAGCAAUGUUGGCCGCAGCGAGCAUUGGCGCCAUCUGGAGCGCAACGUCGCCGGACUUUGGCAUCAACGUAAGUAACUCCUUGCAGCUCUUGUUCCGAGGAACCGUCGCCCCUUCCGGGAUGCUGCUCCUGUCGUGACCAGCUUUUAGGUGCCAGUCUGAGACAUUUUUAUUUUGCCCAACUUUUGGUGGUUAAAUCAGCCUCUGCUGUACUGCUCACCCAUAAGAGUGCUGAGGGCAGGUCUUUUAUUUUUAAUUUGCCUCUUAGUUAAUUUUGUUUGCUUGUAUUUUAACUUGAGGUCAGGUCACUUUGAGACUUUUAUUUCUGCAUAAAGCGACCAGCACAUACAGUGAAUAACAGAGGGUGAUCAUCGUCAUCUUCUGUUCCCAACCGCACUCUGCUACACUGGUUCAAAAGUGAUGAAUUUGUUGUUUUAUUUUAUUUUAAAAUAAAGGCCUUUGCGGAUGAUUUGAUAAUCAUUGCAGAAAAUCCAGAAGAAAGUAUACAAAAAAUAUUAGAAAAAAUGUUGAAUUUGGGAAAGUGGCAGGAUUUAAAAUAAAUAAAAAUAAAAGCAAUAUGUUAGCCAAAAACAUGUAUUUACAAGGAAAAAAAAGAAUUACAAAUAAAUUCAGGAUUAACGAUAGAAGAUAAGGUUAAAUAUCUGGGAAUCUGGCUAACAAACAAAAACAGUAAUUUUUUCAAUGACAAUUAUUCAAAAAUUUGGAAAUAAAUUAAAAAGUAGUUGGAAAUUUGGGACAGGUUGAAAUUAUCAUUGCACGGUAGAAUCUCAGCAGUAAAGAUGAAUGUACUUCGCAAGAUGAUGUUCUUAUUUAAAAUGAUACUGGUGAUUGGGAUGCUUUAAAAGCUGGCAAAAAACCUAUCAAGAUUUAUUUGGCAAUAUAAAAAACGGAGAAUUAAACACAAACUACUAAUAGAUAGUAAAAACAGAGGGGGAAUGGCAUUACCUGAUUUGAAAUUGUGCAGUGGUACCUCAGGUUACAUAUGCUUCAGGUUACAGACUCCGCUAACCCAGAAAUAGUACCUCGGGUUAAGAACUUUGCUUCAGGAUGAGAACAGAAAUCGUGCAGCAGCGGGAGGCCCCAUUAGCUAAAGUGGUGCUUCAUGUUAAGAACAGUUUCAGGUUAAUAAUGGACCUCCAGAACGAAUUAUGUUCUUAACCCGAGGUACCAUGUAUUAUGAUUCAGCCUAUCUAAAUUGGUUAAAGGAACGGAUAACAUUGGAAAAUGCUGGCCUAUUGGAUUUAGAAGGUUUUGACAAUUGUUAUGGGUGGCAUGCAUAGUUGGGUUAUCAAAAGGUGAAAGUCAAUAGAGGCUUCCUUAUCCAUAUUAUAAGGAAACCUUUAAAGUGUGGGAAAGAUACAAAGAUUUAGUAAAACCUAAAACCCUUUGGUGGCUAUCGCCUUUGAAGGCCUUAGCAGUCAAGAGGAAAAAUAUGGAAACAACCUGGGCUAUGUAUAAAGACCUGUUAGAAGAAAAAGGUAACAAACUGAAACUGAAAGAUUAUGAGGAGCUGAAAGAUUAUGACAGGAUGGAUUCAAUACCAUCAACUAAAUGAAAUAUUCAAAUUAGAUAAAAAAGAGGUUUUGCAAAAGAAGAGUCAAUGAUAGAUAAAAGAAUUAAUACAGAAUAAGAGGAAAGUAAUUUCUAAAAUGUAUGGAUUCCUCUUGGAAUGGGAGGUCAAAGAUGAACAAAUAAAAGAGGUAAUGAUCAAGUGGGCAAUGGAUUUUGGGGAAAUUAUUCAAUUAUUGGCAUGGGAAAGGUUAUGGAACAAAGGUUGGAAAUUCAGUGCUUUAAAAGAAAAGCUUUAAAAGAAAAUCUUUUAAAGAUGUUUUUCAGAUGCUGUAUAACACCUAGUAAGAUAUCCAAAAUGUACAAAGCAAGCUCUAAAAUGUGUUGGAGGUGUAAUCAGGUGGAGGGGUCCUGCAAAAAAAUUAAGAGCUUCUGGGAUAUGGUGUAUGAAGAAUUGAAAAAAAUAUUUAAAUAAACUUUUAUAGAGAGACCAGAAGCCUUUUUAUUGAACAUACUAGAAUCAGAUAUCUUAAAUGAAAUAAGAAAAUAUUCUUAUACACAGCCAUGGCAGCAAAAAUAUUAAUUGCCAAAAAUUGGAAAAGUGAUAUAAUACCAACUAAAAAAGAGUGGCAGGAUAAAUUAUUCAGUUAUUUCGAACUGGCGAAAAUGACAGACACAAUUAGGGGACAGUCCAAGUUAAAAUCCCAAAAAGAGUGGGGAAUGUAUAAAGAGUAUCUUUAAAAACUGUGUCCUCAAAUAAAAACCCGGACUUGCUUUGAGUAAUUUUUGCAAAAUAAAAUAAGAGUUACAAGUAUAUUAUAUGGAGAAAGAUAGUAAUGAUGAAGUGAGAAAGAAGCAGUUUACCAAAAAAGGAAAAUCAGAAUGGCAUUGAGGAGGAAGGAAGUCUGUAAGAACAGAAUAAGGAUUGGGAACAGAAAAGGAGAUAAUAUGAGUCCGUUUGUAAGAUCUUUAGGAUUUAUGGUUAUAUGUUUGUAACUUACUUUUGUGUGUGUUCUCUUUUUAGUUUGUUUUUCCUUUGUUUUUGUUUAUGUUUUGUCACAAAAUUCAAUAAAAAACACUUUUUUAAAAAAGUGAUGAAUUUGGUUUGAGGAGGCCUGGCUUUCAAUCACUGCCAGGUGGGGGGUCCUGAAUCUCUCAUUUCCUUUGCACUUAAUCUACCACACAAAAGCCCCGAGAGAUAGAAAUGGGAUAACAUGUGCUGUGCUGAACACUUUGGGUGGGAAAUGUAACGUUAAUUACAGCCAGAAUUUUUUGUAUUACAGUGGUACCUCUGGUUUUGGACAUGAUCCAUUCCAGGGUACCAUUUGUACCCUGAAAAGUCCGCAAACAGAGCGGUGCUUCUGCGCAUGUGCGAAGCAUGAUAGAGCGCUUUUGCUUCUGUGCAUGUGCGAACUGUGCAGUGAAACCCGGAAGUAAACACUUCCGGCUUUGCCGUGUUCUUAACCCGAAAAAACGCAACAUGAAGCGUUUGCAAGAAGAGGUAUGACUAAAUUAUUUAUAUUAAAUAAUAUAAACACUCUUUACUUUUUGAAGUUGGCCACUGGGGGGCAGCAUAACCCCAUUUUCAUCAACCGAAGGCAGUUCAAGAAACUGUAACUUAAAUGAGAGAAUUUAUGGUGACUAAUUUAACCCAUCUCCCCCCCCCCCCCAUUCUGCAGUGCUUUGUCGUCCCCUCCUGCUGCACAAUUUUAUUUUUAUUUUAGCUCAACGAGAAGAGCGGCACUUUUUGACGGCUCUGGUCGCCCUAACAGAUGAUCUCCGCAGGCAGCUGGAUCGAGGCGGGUCGGGGCUGCUGAUUCUUCUAGACCUGUCAGCAGCCUUCGACAUGGUUGAUCACGAACUCCUGGACCACCGCCUUGCCGACGUGGGGAUCCAGGGCACAGUCCUUCAAUGGCUGCGCCGCUUCUCUCCGGUCGGGGACAGAGGGUGGCGCUUGGGGGGGAAUUGUCAUCCCGCCACCCUUGGUGUGUGGAGUGCCUCAGGGUGCGAUACUCUCCCCGAUGCUUUGUAUCAUCUUUAUGCGCCCGCCCAGCUUGUCCGGAGUUUUGGGCUGGGCUGCCAUCAGUAUGCCGAUGACACCCAACUCUAUCUGUUGAUGGAUGGCCAUCCUGACUCGGCCCCAGACACACUGACCAGAUGUUUGGAAGCUGUGGCUGGAUGGUUACGCGGAAGCCGGUUGAAGUUAAAUCCUUCGAAGACAGAGGUCCUCUGGCUGGGACGGGACGAUAUGGGACACUGCACCAGUAUUUAGCAAAGCACAAAAUCAUCCUCUUCCCACCCUGCCUGAGGCUGUGAGUUCAGCUUUCUCCAUAGAACUUUUUCGGUGCCAGAGCAGAGGGCAUAGAGCAGGGGAGCACAACCUGUAGCUCUCCAGGUGUUGUUGGACUACACCUCCCUUCAUCCUGAUCAAUGGCGAUGCUGCUUGGGGCUCAUGGGAAACUUCCGGAGGGCCGCAGGUUGUGCCCCCCUGGCCUAGAAGCCGCCCUGGAUCUUUUUAACCAGGGGGGAGGAGACAGGGCUCUAGCUCCCAUCACCACCGACCAGGCUGGCGGAGGCUGAAGGGAGUUGGGAGUCCGGCAGCCUCUGGAGGGCUCCUGUUUGCUACUCUUGGGUUAAACAGCCUGCUCAAACAAGCUACCAUAAACCACAGUUUGCUCCUUUUGAACAAACCAGGGUUUAUCCACAUUUGGAUGUAGCAAGGAACUCUUGUUAUUUUAAAAGCAGAAGCAAAGGCUUCUUAUUUUCUCCUUGCACGGCAGCAGAGGAGGGAGAAAAUCGGCUGUUGUUCAUGCACAUCAUUGUAAACCAGGGAAGGAGAAUGGGAUCUGUAGUCCACAAGUGGAGGGCGCCAUGUUAGUUAUUCCUGCUUUAAUGUUAUAUUUGAAAGGGCUAAGAAAAUAGUUCUUUUGCGACAAGGAUAAUGUUUAAAGACAUUAAACAUUUUUAAUGUUUUGCAAUCUGGGGGAAACCAGUGUCCUCACUUAUUCCUGUUAAUGGCUGUAUUAAUGUUUGUCUGUCUCCUUCAGGGUGUGCUGGACAGAUUUUCCCAAAUUCAGCCCAAGUUGAUCUUUUCUGUUGAAGCUGUCAUUUACAACGGGAAAAAACACAAUCACUUGGAAAAGCUUCAGAACGUCGUAAAGGGUACUGGCUGCCUUGCACACUUGUGGGAAUUGUUGAAUAUGGGGCAUUGCUUCUCACUUCCAUCCCUUCAUUAAUGGAGAUUAAUAGCUUUGCGCCUGAGGUAUACAACACUGCCCAGCCCUCUGGUGCCUGAAAGUGGCUGCAUAGGUACCACUGCUAAAGUCCCAGUUGCAGGGCCGGCCCUAUGAUGAGGCAGAGUGAGGCAGCUGCUUCAGGCAGGAGAUGCUGAAGGACAGGAAGGGGACAGAGCUGUGAGUGCCCUGGGGCCUGCCCUGUGCUCCCUACACAACCUGGCUGCCCUCAGGCACAGGGAAAUAUACUUUUCUGCCACCAUUAUUGGGGUAAGGUUCAACUGCCAAUCCAGUUGGUUUCUGCAUGUGCCUUGUGGGAGGGUGCUAUCUUGUCCUUUGCCUCAGGCAGCAAAACGUCUUGAGCCGGCCCUGCCUGGUUGGUUUCUUAUGCCUUGCCUGAGUUGACGGACUUCAGCACCUGGUGCUGUGCAAAGCCCUGGACUGCAGACCUUAGACAGGUUUGUCCUUUGGCCCACUGGUGGGUCAGAGCUUGGGAGACUGGUCAUAUGGGUAGCUGUGCAUGGCAGGCUGUGACAAGGGAAGCCUAUGUGGUUUACACCUACUAGAGCUGCGCGGCCAAAUGCCCAGCCAGCAUGGGGAGCACAAAGGAGUGAAUGUUGCUGCAAGGUAGCAGUAGAGGAGAGUUAUUGCACUUGCAUCCUGUAUGUUGGCUUCCCAUAGGCAUUUUGUUCAGCCUUUGGUCUGAUCCACCAGGGCUUUUAUUAUGUUCUUAAUGAUCACAGGUGCUCCCCACUUUCCUUCCCUUGCUCCUCUUGCAUGUCUGGCUUCAGCAGACAUUUUCUGGUUUGUUAAACCUGAGUUCCCUGUGACAUCAGGAGUCGAGAAACAGCAAACUAGGGUCAAGCUGGCAAUCAUGGCUGGUAGGGAGUGUGAAAAUCGGUUUCCCAGUUCUGAAACCAGGGAAAACUGUGGUUCAACAAACAAGGGACUCUCCACUGAAGAGGACAUGAGAGGUGGAAAAGGAGAAACUAAAUUCAUUACUUACUCCAGUAAUAUUUAAUGUGUGGUCUGGGUCACUGUCGAGCAAACUAUGGUUAUAGGAAGACACUUUAAAAGUGGAAAUAGCUGUCAUUUCUCUCCAUUUAACCAUUGAAUUUUUGCUUUCUUUCAGGACUUCCAGAUCUAAAAAAAGUUGUGGUGAUCCCAUAUGUUUCCUCAAGAGAAUCUGUAGACAUUUCCAAAAUUUCACACAGGUAUAAAGUGGACUGGACAAAUGUACAUCUAUUUAUCUAUCUUUUUAAAAAAGCAAUUGGUGUCAUUGAAUCCAGAAUAUAUUUUACUUUAUAUUUAAUUGGAGGCUGCGGAAUUUAGUCUUCUGGUUUGUGAAUCUGACUGGUGGGCUUCUCAGAUAUUUGCAAGGUGGGUCAUUUUGUGUGCCCACUCAGAAGCCAACCGGCAAGGGUUGCGGAAGGGACAGGCUCUUGAGUGUUUGCUCAAAUUUUGGAGAGAGAGUAGAAAACAAUGGACUAGUUAGAAGUUCUUUUUGGAGCAGCAAAAGGCUUGUUUGGCUUCUUUCGUUACCGGGGUUGUGGCACUUAAUUUGCCAAGAAAUUGAAAGAGUGUGUGUGUUAUAUAAUGUGAGUUAUAUAAAUAAUAAACUAUUAUUAUUAUUAUUAUUAUUAUUAUUAUUAUUAGUGUUUGAUGUUUAAUGUGUUGGAAGCCACCCAGAGUAGCUGUUGGCAUAUACAUAUUAUUAUUAUUAUUAACAGUGUAAUGCCCAGAUCCAGAUGACUUCUGAGUGGCUUACAAAACAUGAAAACCAGCUGCACAUUAUUGUUAACAUACAGAAUGAUUAAAAAUACACCAUGGGCCCCAGAAAAUUGCUCAGAAGGUAAUGAGACCCUCAGGUUGAGGCAGGUUCCCCCCUCCUGGGCUAGAGUGUCAGUUUAGGUCCUGGGAGACCAGCAUUCAGGUCUGUUCUCGGCCAUGGAAGGCCCUGGGUGACUUUGCCAGCCACUGCCUGGCCUACCUCACAGGUGGUUGUGAUGAUCCAGGGGGGAAGGAGGAGAAGCACGGGUGCCGCUUUGAGAAAAGUCAUAAUAAAUUAAUAAAUACAAAAUAAAUGUCACAAAGGUUUGAUAGUGAUAUUAAUUCUCCCUCCCCUCCAUGUCUUUCUUCUUCUUUGUUCAGCGUCUUUCUAGAAGACUUUCUUGCAGCGGGGAAGGGAGAUCAAGCCCCGCAGCUAGAGUUCGAACAGCUUCCUUUCAGCCAUCCUCUUUUCAUCAUGUAUUCAUCUGGCACAACAGGAGCUCCAAAAUGCAUGGUUCACUCCGCAGGGGUAGGUCAUGUUGCUGGGGUUGUGGAGGCUCUGCACAGUAGGUUGUCGCUUAACAAGCGACAGGAGAGGCAUUUUCCCCACCUUCCAACAGACUGAAAUUGCUUGGUGGGUUUUGCUUGGUGGACUUGUGCUGCGUCUACAUACCUGGGAGAACUGAGGAGUAAGAGGCCUGCGGUGGCAGUACGGGCUGUACCACUUUAGACUCUGGACAUUCCUUGUUUGCUACUUCAUUCUCCCCAUCCCUGUGGUUUGCACAGUUUACAUUCUUUGUUUGAAAAAGGUCCUCACCCCCCCCCCCGGCAAUCAUUGUAGACCCUAUUUUUACCAGCGCAUAUUUGGAUUUGCUUAAAAUCCUUUCCCAAUACUUCCAUCAGAGGCGAGGUUGUAAAGAGGAUAGGUAGGAAGCAGAACUUGGAUAUAAUAGAGUCAUAGAAUUGUAGAGUUGGAAGGGACCACAAGGGUCAUCUAGUCCAGCCCAGUGGUGGAGCAUAUGUUCGCGCUGCCUGGGAUGGGUGCAUGGGGUGCGCCCCCAAGGGGGGAGGGGGCAGAAGAUGCCCUCCCACGCGCCACAGUUCAGGGAAGGAGACGGGCGGGGAAGCUGCUGCUCAGACAUGACCCGCGGUGGAGCUACUGCAUCUGGGCACGAAGCGCCAAUGCCAAGGAGUGUAGGCAGCAGCCUGGCCGCCCACCCUCCUCCUCUCUGCCACCAGCUCAAACCACUCACAGCCCCAUUUCAUUGCGUUUGUUGACUGAACUAAAAAGUUUCAAUACGGAUUAUGUUGACUUGUUGAGGUUAAUUAAUUGUCAGACGAAGUUAUUAAACUAGUUUUAAAUGUUUUUUUUUAAAAAAAAGGUGUUGUGAGCCCCAAAUUUUUAUUUAUUUUAAAAACACAUAUUUUUGCCAUUUUGUCACCCUCCUCAGUGGGGCGGCCCCCACCCACCACACCCCCCCUCCUACAUCAGUGGUCCAACCCCCUCCAGUGCAGGAGUCUCUUGCCCAGUGUGGGGCUCGAACCCACAACCCUUCGAUUAAGAGUCUCAUGCUCAGUGGCGAUAUUGAACUAAGCCAUACCCAGAGUAGACCCAUAGCAGUUGCUGGACUUACUCUGAGUAUGGCUUGGCUGGAUCCUACCCACACGUCUCCAGCUUGAGUUUGAGUUGCACAAGCUCUGUAGCUGCACCUGAGGCAUCCUUUGGAUAAAGCCAGCCCUGCAAGGUGGGGGUUAGGCUGAGAGAUAGUGGCUGGUUCAUAGUUCACCCAGUCUAACCAUUACACCUUGCUUUGUAUGUCCGUCUUUUUUCUUUUAAACCAGGGGACGUUAAUUCAGCAUUUGAAAGAGCACCUCCUCCAUGGUAACAUGUCCAGCAGUGACAACAUCAUGUACUACACAACAGUAAGUGCUGUUAAUUGUAUUUUUGCUAAGACUUUCAACACAGCCUGCAUGGGGUUUCUUAAAGAAAAGCAUCACUUCUGUGACCCAGAUAAGCAAUAAUGAUGCAAUUGUGCAUAAAUUGGCUUAUUUUAGGUAAUUUAUUUGGCAGGGUAGUGCAAAUGUGGGGAACGUUCACCUGGCCUUUUGAUCCUUCAUGCUCCAGAUAAAAUUGCUUUUGCAUGGCAUGGCUAACCUUUCAAUCCCAAAAGUUUGCUUUUAAAAUCAAGCAACAGUCUUAUUUUGUCUGAGUUGACUGAUUCUGAGUUUUGACCGAUUUGAUCCAUUAACCUUUGCAUAUGAGCAAAGGGCAGCUCAGACAAGCAAAAAAGCACAUUUGUUUUCUGAGCCCCCCAUGUGGAUUGUGGCAGGCAUUUGGGGGACAUUCCCUCUUGUGAGAAAUGGUGUUUGCCUCCUGCAGCAUGUGAGCUGUUGCCCGAUGAAUUGAGGCACUUUUUGGUUAAAGAGGAAGCUGCUUUAUACUGAGUUAGAGAUUGGCCCACCAAGCUCAGUGCAGCCCACACUGACUAGCAGCAGCUCCUCAGAGUUGAGGAAUCUUUCCCAGUCCUCCUUGGAGAUGCCAGGGUUUGAACCCAGGGCCUUCUGUACUCAGAGCAGCUGCUCUACCCCUGAGCUACAUCCCUUGCAAAAUUGGAAGCUGCCAGAAAGCUCAGGAUUAUCCACACUAACUGGCAACGGCUCUCCAGGGUUUCAGGAGAGCUUCAUUACCUAUGAACCCCAAAAUUUGGGAUCCCCUCCAAAGUUGUACCAAAGUUUGGCAGUCAUUCUGCAGUGAAAACAGCACGUUUUGCAGCACCCUCCAAAUCUGGUAUAUCAGACCAGGGUUUGUUGUUAACACUCCAACAUUUUCCAAUUAACUUUAAACUAGUGCCAAAGUUUUGCAGUUCUUUUGCAGCAAAAACCUUGCAUUUUGCACUGAAACCCCUGCGUUUUGCAGUGCCCCCCAAACCCAAGUAAUUGAUACCCAAACCAAGGGGGCAUAGGUAUCAGCCCCAAACCCAACAUUGUCUGAUUCACUCCAGACUAACAGUGCUGGAUUUUGGGGUGUUAACUAUAAACCCUAGUUUGAUGGAUCAGUUUGGGUGCUGCUGCAAAAUGCAGGGUUUUUCGCUGCAAAAUGACUGCAAAUCUUUGGCACAGCUUUGGAGGGGAUCCCACAUUUUGGGGUUUCUAGUUAAUGAAGCUUUUCAGGAAGGACAUUCCCAGCCCUACCUGGGGAAACCUGGAAUUGAACUGGGGGACCCUCUGCAUGAAAAGCAGACACUCUGAACCACGGCCCUCCCUGCGGACUGGGUUAUUGGGGGAAAGACUUAAUUGAUGAAAUGUCAGAGCGUGGCACGGCCAGUCUGGAGUGCACCCUGCUUUGCAUGGCACUUGGAAUAUUACCUGUAGGCAGGGUCUCAUGACGGCACAUACAUUUUCCACACCUGCGUCCUUGGAAGAAGUGCGAGAUUAGCUUCACAGGUCUGGAAAUAGGUGAGGGAGGUUACUAAAGCUAACGUGCAUUUCCCCACACUCCCUAGACUGGUUGGAUGAUGUGGAACUGGCUGGUUUCUGCUCUCGCUGUUGGUGCAUCUGUGGUUCUGUAUGACGGAUCGCCGCUCGUUCCAUCCCCCAACGUCCUCUGGGAUUUGGUUGACCGACUAGGGUAGGUAGAGAUGGGUUCUGCUUUAGACAAAAAAGCACCCGUAAGUUAUCCUGAAACAACUACUUGUGUUUGUUUGUUUGUUUGUUUGUUUGUUUGUUUGUUUAAAAAAGAUGCUUCGGUUUCUAAGCUGUUUACAAGCUCCAAAGGUCAAUCAGAAUGUUUGAUGCAGCAGAAACAUGGGGAAGAGAUAAUAAGAGAAACAUGGGGGAGAGAUAAUAAGAGCUUACAAUGGUAAUUCCAGGAAGCGUUAUAUUGGAAGUGGAUGCCUAGGUAUUUAACCUGUUCCAACGGGUUUCCACUGAUCUCCCACCUAUGAGGCUUCCAAGAUCAUGAGAAAACAAGCACUUUAGGUUUUGCAAAGUUCAGUUCCAGUCUGUUGGCUAUACAAUAUUCCUGGCAGUGGCACAGGAGUCGCUUCAGGCCAGCCCUUGUGUGAGAGACGAUGAACGUGGAUGGAGCUGAGCUUUGGGCAAUGGCCAUCCACCCCAUGUAAACAGGGUGCAAGGUCGUUUAAGAAAAGGUUGAAUAAAUACAGGACUAAGAAGUAACCUUGUUUUACGCCUUUGUUGGCAAUGAUUUGGGGGGUUAGCCUGCCUGACUGGGGGCAUCUCACCUGGCAGCACAUGGAUGUGUGCAGUUUAGAACAACACUUAUUUGACCCCAGUUAUUUGACACAGAGGGGGAAACCUACAGAUACAGUCCAAAGGAACAUAGGGAGUUCUGUAUAGAGCAUAGGGAGAAUUUUAAAAAGCAAGCGGUCCUCACUGACCUGGUGCAAAAAGAUCUUGUCACCCGAAGGAGCCCUGGCUGCCUGGAUAAAACAUUAUAGCCUCGCACACUCUUAUUUGGGAGUAAGGCCCACUGAGUAGAGACUUAACUGUUUACUAGAUGCAAGUCAGCAGCACCAGAUGACCCCACUUGGCUAGGCGCUGGGGUGGCUUGCAUCCUGCACCUUGCAGAGUCAGGCCCAGGCUGCCACUGGGCUCAGCACUGGCAGCAACAACAAGCAGCUCUGCCUCACCCAACCCUACCCAUUGCCACCCCACCACCCCACUUACCUGACCUGGGGGUUCUGGAUGAUGGACUCUGUCAGUCAAAACGGGAGUCUCAGCGAUCGCCCUCAUCCCCCGGAAACAAACCAGGACUGCUCCAAGGAAACGCACAUGGGAAAAAGGAGCACUAGCCCCUGGUGGGCUGCCCCCUUACCCUUUUGUAAUUGGCCAAGAGGAUAGCCAGGCAAUCAGGAUUUUCUUUAUUUAAAAAUUUGAUUUUCUUCUCACUUCCCUCUGUGCCCCCCAUGCCUCAUGCUAUGCCCCCCCCCAUUCACGUGAUUUUCACCUGUGGCCCCCUUGGAAUAUCCUGGAGCCCCUGGUUGGGAAACAGUGCCGUAAACUGCUGAAGUACGCAGAAAGCAAGAUACUUCAGGAGUGUUAGCCUUGAUCUCCAGGUGGCUCCAAGAGAACUUGACAAAGCCUUUUUAAUGGUUGCAUGGGAACAUUCUCGUGCCUUCGUUCCGCUUUCGCUCCACUUGAUAAGAACCCAUGAAAAAACAAUGCUGUGACGUUACUUCAAAGUCACACUGCUUCUUCUGCAGACACUCCUUUACAUAACUUUUUGGUUUAGUAAAUGGUUCCAGAGUGCAAACAAAAGCAAACCCACACAUACCUGUGCUCUUCAGUAUGAAUGCAUCUUCAGCAAAAGGUAAAUAAAAUGUAGCUUUUGGGUAGUGCUGGUUUGCAGUAGUCGUUGAGAAGUGAUUUCCCGAUUGAGCUUGGAACUGGUGGAGCUUCCAUGCCUAGAGCUCUAGCACUGCACUCCCCUAAGACCCCAGAGAACUCUUUGAGACUGUUGGAUGAGGGGCAGCUUGGUGAAUAAUGAUUCUUUUGUCUGGUGGUGGCAGAGCGCUCUAAUGUGGGAAGUGUAGGGGCCAGGAGAGACUGGGACAUAGCCAACACACUUCCUAAGAAGAGAAUGACUUCCCUCAGGCAGAUGGUAGAGGCAGCAGAGCCUCACUGCAAUGGUGGUUUUUAUUUCACCUGCUGCUGUUAUUAAAAUUACUGGUCAAGGUCAGGUCAAACAUUGAUUGCUUAUGGUGAAUGGCGUUUGCAAAACUUCAUAUGAACUUCCGAGAGAUAAUGAUACAUCUAUUCACUGUUAUAAAUAGCUAAAAAUACUGUGUCUGAAACACAGUAAAUAAAAGCUAGAAGCAAGGAUUUAAAAAGCAAAACAAAAUAAGACUCUCAGAUUGUGAAACCUGGUAGCUUUGCAGUUUAAACUACUGCAGUUUGACUCUCUUCAGCGCUCUCUUUUUAGGUUGCAUUUUACUCUUGUCUCAUCUGUUUUAUGGAUACUUUGACAAAGUACACAUUUUGGCAUAGUUUCUUGGCCCACCACAGUUCAGUGCUUUCUGAGUUAUUGAAUCAUAGCUUCUUAAGUCCUGAACUAGCAAACCAUGGACGCCAGAAUUGGAAUGAAGAGCUUAAAGCCAGAGCUUUUAAAACCCAGGUGGUUCUGAUUCCAGUAACCAUAGUUUGCCAGUUCAGGCGUACAGGAACUAUUAUUUAUUGACCUAGGAAAUGCUUAUGUGCUGCUUACUACAAAAUGACUUACAAUGAUUAAAAAACCCUAAUUAAAAUACAUCAAAAUAUUUGCAAAAGAAUAGUUAAUAGUGCUUAUAUUGCAAUAACAUAAAAAGGACACAUCCUACUCCACCCAGCUAAAAGAUGAACUCGGGUUUAGAGCCAAAUGCUUGGGUAAAUAAGAACACCCUCGCCUGGCACCUCAAGGUUAAUAGGGAUGGCACCAGGUGCAUCUCCAGAGAAGGGAUUCCAUUAUUGUAAAAUAAAAAAUAGCAAAAUGACCAUAGUGAGUGACAAUUGUUCCUUUUUUACUUGCAGUAUCACCAUCCUUGGGACAGGUGCCAAAUGGCUGGCAGUGCUGGAAGAGAAGAACCUUAAACCAUGUAAGCACCAAAAUACUCUUUGAAUUCUGUUUGCCUCUGGAACUGAACCACUUUGCUUCCCUCCCAUUUCUAAUUAGUUCCACAAAGGCAAUAUUUUUCCCCAAUAUAAUAACAAUAACAAUUUAUUAUUUAUACACCGCCCAUCUGGCUGAGUUUCCCCAGCCACUCUGGGCGGCUUCCAAUCAAGUGUUAAAACAAUACAGCAUUAAAUAUUAAAAACUUCCCUAAACAGGGCUGCCUUCAGUUGUCUUUUAAAGAUAAGUUAGCUGCUUAUUUUCUUCACAUCUGAAGGGAGGGUGUUCCACGGGGCAGGCGCCAUUAUCGAGAAGGCCCUCUGUCUGAUUCCCUGUAACCUCACAUCUUGCAAUGAGGGAACCUCCAGAAGGCCCUUGGUGCUGGAUCUCAGUGUCCGGGCUGAGUGAUGGGGGUGGAGAUGCUCCUUCAGGUAUACAGGACCGAGGCCAUUUAGGGCUUUAAAGGUCAGCACCAACACUUUGAAUUGUGCUCGGAAACGUACUGGGAGUUGUUACUUUGCCCAUGGAUUGUGGAAACACAGGAAGCAACCUUACACCAAGGCAGGAAGUAGGUCCAUUUAGCUCAGUACUUUUGCAUCGGGGUGGGGAACCUGCAGCGCUCCCAGAUGUUACUGGACUCCAACUCCCAGCAGCCCCAGCCAGUGUGGCCCAUGGUAAGGCUUGAUGGGAGUUGUAGUGCAGCUGCCUGUGUUGGUGGCCCAUGUUCUAGAAGUUAACAGGAAACUCGGGGGGGGGGCGGGGGCGGUGUUGAUAAUUGGCCAGGAAAUAAGAGUGUAACUCUGCCUGGUGAUGUUGUUCCAAGGUGAAACGCAUAACCUCCAAACGCUCCACACCAUCCUGUCAACUGGCUCACCCCUCAAGCCUCAAAGUUACGAGUACGUCUACAAGCACAUAAAGAGCAGCGUUCUGCUGGGAUCCAUAUCAGGUAGGGGUUUUCUGAACUUGAGCCCUUGAAUGUUUAGUGGGUUAGAAAGUUAGAGGGAGGAGGAUGCAGUGGUUGCUAAGCAGUCACCAUUUUGGGUACUAUUUUGCAUCUCUUACAUUGUCUUGUGUGGCCCAGAGGUGGGCAGAAGGCAGAUGGGGAUCCACUGGUAGAUCUGUGUGUUGAUCAACAAGGAUUCCCAAUUCCUAGUUGUUUUAACAAUAGCAGCAGCAACAUUUGGAAGAAGAUUUGAGGGGUAAAGAGCAUUUACAUUUAUUCAGUUUUUAAAAAUUUACAGACAAAUGAAUUACAAAAACACAAAUCACAUACAUUUCUAAUACACGUAUAUUUGACUCCCCCCCCCCCCCGGUGGUUAUUUUAAAGUUUUACUAUUUAUACUCCGCUUUUAAACUCUGGAAACCAGGUUCUCUGCCACUGUAUUUUAGUCCAUCAAAAGUUACCAGCCCAGCAGAGGACAGUUCUGAUCCGUCAACCUCUGGGCUGCAGGCCUAGCACACUUUCACAGUCUCAGUGACCUGGGAGUGGGGUCAAUUCCAAGCGUAUGCAGAUUGAUAAUAAUCGAACCAUCAUUUCAGAGUAAUUGUACCACUAACGUGUUUUAAGCAUGAGGGAGAGUUGCAGUUCAGCAACAUCGGAAUGGAUGUAUUUAAAGAGGUUUCAACCCUUUUGAGAGAUGGGCUUAUGGAGGUCCGUUCUGCCCCCCUCUCGUUUCAGGAGGCACAGAUAUAGUUUCCUGCUUUAUGGGUCAGAAUGUGUCCAUUCCGGUUUAUAAAGGCGAGAUCCAGGCACGGAAUCUGGGAAUGGCAGUGGAAGCCUGGAACGAUGAAGGUAUUUCCCCCAGCCAAAGCUCUUGCUAUCACUUUUUCCAAGUCAGAACUGUGGUUGGAGAAGAAGGGCUUCUGACAGCACAGACAACUUCAGGAUCUCAGGGCAAAUGGGGGCCCUUUUCUCAUCCCCGCUGUCGGUUGUAAGGGGUUGGGCUGGGGAAGGUUCUUUGCAGACCCCCACGUAGUUUAAUGUGGGUUUAAAAAAGAAAAAGUAUCACCAGAAUUUAUGGAGAGCCUUAUAGCAGGGAUGGAGCCUGUGUGUGGCCCUCUCUGGCCCUCGGGACUCUCCCAAGGCUGCCCACCUCACUUGUCCUUCUCUUCCCUUUUUGGGUGUUUUUGCCUGGCUGGAAUGUGUCCUGGGAUGACGAUACAGUCGUACCUCAGAAGUCGAACAGAAUCUGUUCCAGAAGUCCAUUCGACUUCCAAAAUGUUCAACUUCCAAAGCAUGGCAAGGGCAGCGGAGGGCGAGAGGGCAGGGCGCGGCGGGGGGGGGGCUUCCCUUCUGCAAGGGCCGCCGGGUUGGCGCUGGGUCCGCGGCCCCUGGAGGCGCGCAGCCAUUGUGGGGUUGAAACUUUUGAUCAUUUAAAAAAAAAAAAAAACUUCCAAAGCAUGGCUUCUGAUUGGCUCCAGGAAGCUCCCUGCAGCCUAUUGGAAGCCGUGGAAGCCCCGUCGGACGUUUGGCUUCCGAAAGAACCUUUGAAAACUGGAACAUGCCCUUCCAGUUUUUGAUUGUUUGGGAGCCGGAACAUUUGACUCCCAAGGCGUUUGGGAGCCAGGGUGCGCCUGUAAUGCCUCUUGCUUGGCUGCGUGGGGGGGGGGGGAUUUCACCCUCUGGUUGGCGUGAAUCCUAGUGUACAAGGGAAAGUGUCGUUUUUAUUUAAUUUAUUUAAUUUGUUAGCCACUUUAUCUUGCCCAAAGUAACCAAAAGCAGCUUACAACCAACCAAAUAAAACCCCCCACAUAGGUACAUUUAAACUAAGGAGGGGGUGAGGGUGGGAGAAAAAAAAUCAACCCACUGCUUGUUUACUUCAUUUUACUGCUUUUUCUCAUUGCAAACUUCUCCAAGGAUUUUGAUUGAGCAGCACCCAAUAAAUAGCUUAAAUAAUGCACAGCAAAAUAAGCUUGGGGUUCAUUGUGGGAAACGUAGAGAGAAAGGAGUUCUCCCAUUUCACCUUUGCUGGAUCCAAGGCCCCAUCUGCACUACAUGUUUGGAGCAGUAUGAUUCCACUUUAAACAGUUGUGGUUUUCCCCCAAAGGCUCCUGAGCAGAGUUAGAAGACUUCUAUCCCUCUCCCAGAGCUUAGCAAGCCUCCUUCCCAGGAAACCUUGGGAGUCGUAGCUCUGUGAGGGGAAGAGGGGUCUAAGAACUCCUGCACCUUAAAAAAAAAGACACUUCCCAGGAUUCUUUGGGGGAUGCUGUGACUGUUUUAAAGUUGUAUGACCCUGCUUUCUGAGUAUAGUGCAGAUGGAGCCACAGUGGCUAGGCUAAGUCUUCUUCAACCUUCUGAUGUCCAGAAGUUGUUGAGCUACAGCAGUGUGGCCUGUGGUCUCAGGGAGGUUGAAGGUUAGUCUGGCAACAUCCAUAGGGUGCCAGGUUGGGGAGGGCUGGGCUAAGUGAUGACAGACCAGAUCCCACCUCCAAAGAAGCUGCAACAGGGAAGAACUGAUCAAUUGCCUGAUAAAAUACUUGAGCUGUGCAUUCCAAGGGCUGGAGAGAGGGAAACGAGCCGCCUUUGUUCUUGAUCCUUACAACAGGCAAGCCCGUUUUGGGGGAAAGCGGAGAGCUGGUCUGCACCAAGCCCAUGCCCUGCCAGCCAACGCACUUUUGGAACGACGAGAAUGGAAACAAGUACAGAAAGGCUUAUUUCUCAAGAUUUCCAGGUAUGUAUUGAGGUGGUGCUUUUUGUGUGUGUUGUGGGGGCACAUUGGUGGUCCUGCACUUACAAAGCCUGCAGAACUAAUAUUUGAGCAUGGCAUUUGAGAACUGCUGUGGGUACCAAUAUUUGCUUGUGAAAUUGUAAGCCCGAAAGCGUGAGUGUUGCGGGGCUCCUGCUUGUUUGCCCGCCAUCCCACCCCCUCACUUUGCUCUCCGCAAGUGCAGGGGCAGACCUCUUCAUCUUUCUGGGGUGCUCCUUUCUCACAACUUCAGAAACCAUCAGGGAUCACAAACAGGUUGGAUUUCUUUUUAAAAAUGGGUCUUCAUUGUUGAUUUGAUAACUGAGGCUGCAGCCCUGUGCCCACAACCCACAAACAGCAGAGUGCUACAAAAAUGGUCUUCUGGGAUUCUGUUGUUGCUGCGUUCUAGAAUAUGCUGAUGGAUUGCAUCUCCCACUGGUCUCAGGCAGCAAGGACGAUGGUCAGGGAUGAUGAGAGCAGAAGUCAAGCAACAUCUGGAGGGUGGCAAGUCCCCUCCCCUGUUUUAGAGGCUUGUCUGUGUUAGUCUGUUAAGCAAAUGUGCAAGACUCUUAGGGUUUUUUUAAAAACACACACGUAUUUAAAUAUCUGCAGGUUCUCCUAUGGGGAAGAAGGGGGUCCUACAUGGGGUGUCACUGCUCACCUCUCCGCUGGCAGGAAGUCAAACUAUUUGAAAGGGUCAGCCAAGUGGGCUGGACAACCCCUUCCACUGCAGGACGUUCUUGCCAGCAGCUCCUAGGGCUCCUCAAAAAGGAAGUGGCAGAAAACACCAUUUUAAAAUGGCUUUCCUUUGCUUUCCCCUUUUCUCUGCUCCUUCACUGCAGAAAUUCUUCAGUCUCCUUCACUGCCUGCAUUCCAGUGACCCAAAGCUUUUUCCCUUUCCAAUCCUAGCUGUACGCAUCCUGUGUGCAGUUGCCAUCAUUCAUCAGAAGUUCCAGAACUCAUCUUCUAGCUUCUUAUUGAGGUCCUUAGUUUUCCUGCUGCAGUAUCUCACCUGUUUUUGAGCAGGGGUUGCUGCAUUUUCAUCCUGGCUUUUAAGACUGGCUUGAAUUUAAAUUGAAGUCGGAUUUUCUAAAUGGUUUUUAAGAAGAGGAAUAAUAACAUUUUUUUAUUUAUACCCCACCCAUCUAGCUGGGUUACCGUCACCACUCUGGGCAGCCUCCAGUGCACACAAUAAUAAUAAUAAAACAUAAAACAUUAAUAGUAAGAAUCAGAUCCUAUAUAAAAAGUCACAAAAACUUUAAAGUAAACAACUUAUAUCAAAUAAAGUAAUAUUCAGUAAUUCAUUAGAAUCCAAUAGUACAUCAGCAAACAGUAAUUUAACAGUUUACACUUAUCAAUUACCAUAAAGAAUUACUAAUCUAUAAUCAAUAAAGUUACAUUUAAUUACAAUGCAUAAAAUUCCACAAAUGGUCAACUUGAGAAACAAGGAUACACAACUCAAAAUUUUAUUUUUAAAAACUAUCCCUGAACAGCUCUUCCCAGCUGUUUCUGCUGUUCUCAAAGUCAAGGUCUGGGAAAGGCUCCCGGGGCUGGAGGGGGGGCAGUCACUGGUGGACAAGGGGGUUGUGCCCCAGCUGCCAUGCCUGGGGGGGUGACGUGGUGGCACUCGCACCCCCAGUGGGCCAAUCCUCCCAGGGGUGCCAGCUGGGGAUGCGCCCCCCCCGGUGGACGGCCCCCCAGAGGGCGAUGCUCACAUCUCCGGCAGCCAGAGCCACAAGCUGGGUGUAUUUGUGCGAUUGGCAGGCGGCGCUGGCACCCCCAGGAGGAUUGACGCCCCCGCCCCCCGGUGCACGUCAUAUUUGCCGCUCCAGGUGCUCCAGCAGCUUCCUCCGCCACUUGGGGCAGUACUGGGUUUUAUGGAUAUAUAGUUGGUGAACCGCUCUGUGAGGCAUUGUUGCUUUGAAUAUGUGUGUCGGGACCACUUGCUAUUGCUGAACCACAACUCCCAUCACCCCUGGAUGUAGGCCAUGCUCGCAGGGGCUGAUGGGAGUUGUAGUCCAGCAACGUCAGGAAAGCCAAAAGGUACCAACACUCUGGAUGGCCAUUUUUAGCUGUGAUUCCUGCUUUGCGGGGGGGGGGGUGGACUAGAAGGCCCUCGGGUCCCUUCCAACUCUAUGAUUUUCAGGAGUUAAAUAAUAAUAAUGCUAAAAAUUAUUAUUUGUCCAUUAAAAAGGAAGGGAAAGAAGAAAAGGGGAGGUUAGGGGUAGGAUGACAUUAAGAAGAAGAAGAAGUUUAGAAUUAAAAGAAAAAAGUGUGUGUGUGUAAAAAUAUAAAAGAUUAAGGGAGAAGAAAGUAUACAAGGGUAAGCAUAGGAAUUUAGACAAAAGUCAAGAAUCAAGGUAAAUAGUCAAGUGAAAAAUGGAAGAUAAGGUUAAAAAUUCAAAAAGAAAAAAUACAAUUCUGUAGAAUAUUUGGAGCUGGUGACUUUGGAUCCUUGGUGGGGGGGUGGUCUGGGAUCGGAGUGGGAUAUGGGAGGUGGGGGCCUCUCUGCCCCUUCUUGGCUCCCACCCUACUUUCCUUAGGCCCCACUUGGAAGCUGGCAUGUAGCGCUCUCCCCCGGGCUCAGCAGUUCUCCUACCCCUUCGUCUGUCCCCUUGUUUGUUCCAGGAGUUGGGGUGGACUUUCUAGCCCUUCAGUCGUUCAGUUUGGGGGCUCCUGGUGCGAUACCAUGUCCCUGGGUCCUGUUCAUAGGUGGGUGGCCUGGAAGAGCACUUGAGAUUGCUCCCCCAAGUCUGCCAUCUUCCCCAACUCUGAUUUCAUGAACAUAUGGAGGGCCAACGGUUCCUGACCACUGGCCUGAAAGGUUAUUCCAAUGGUUCUCAAAGGGUGUGGCAGGAACUCUGACAGAUGCAAAAGAUCAGAAAAGACAAAGGCUUAUUUGUGUUGAUUAGGAGAUAAGAGUUUGUCUGUCUUAAAUUAGACCUAAAAUUAAGGAGAUUACCCGGCAAAAGCAGGCUCUCACCUCUCAUACAGACUUAAGGUUCAUAUGUAAGAGGCUCGUUUAUAAUUACCGUAUUUUUCCAUGUAUAAGACGACUCCUAUUUUUUUGAACCCAAAAUUAAGAAAAUGAAACCCUAAAAUAGAAGCGAAAAUUUAUUGGUGGCAGCAAGUUGGGGGCAAUUGCCCUCAAAGUUUCCAGCAUGAGAAGCAUGCAGUGCACCGUGGUGCAGAAGCAAAGGCAGCGACUGGAGGGGGGGGGGACCUCACGCUCCCCCACGGUGGCAGCUGCUGCUGCUGCAGGGAAGCAGGCUCCCAAGCAGGAUGCCAAGGAAGAGCUGGGCGAAGGCAGCGGCCGCUCUGCGCUGGGCCAUGCCGCCCGGCAAACUCAGCUGAAGAAGGUGGUGGGAGUCUGAGAGGGGAAGAGGGGGGCAAGGAAAGAAGGCAAGGAGAGGCAGCUGAGGCAGCUCUCAGUGGUGGCAGCUGCUCUCGAUCCGGUGGUUGAGCCCGCGGGGGUUUCAGGAGGCGAGCCAGUCGCCAGCAUGCAGCCCGGAGGGGGGAAGGGAGGGGGGCGGCAGCAGGAGGGACCGCCUCAGCCCGCCCAAGCCAAAAUCCCGGACAUAUGCUUAAAUAUUUUAAAAAUUCCCCCAGGUGCCCAUGUUCCGUGUACAAGACGACCCCCAAUUUCUUACUAAUUUUUUAAAGCAAAAAACCUCAUCUUAUACCUAGAAAAAUACAGUAUAUUUUGGGAAUGACCUGUGUUCUUAUGCAGUUGCAUUGGUUUUUACUUUCUGGAUGUCCCAUGAUCAUAUUAUAAAGUAGUUGUGUUCUAUGUUAUAAAACAAGCACUGCUGGGAUUUGCUUCUUUUUGUGUUCCAGUGUAUUUCUUAUCAGUAAAAAAUUCAGUGUGGCACAAGCAAAUAUUUAUUCUGAAAGUGUGGUCCAGAGGAAAAGGUUUGAGAAUCACUGGGUUAUUCAGUAAACAAAGUAAGUUAAAAGGAGGGUCACUUGAAUCCCACUACAACCCUUCUAGUUUUCUCUGUUCUUGUAAAAAAAAAAUUAAUUGAUUUAUACACCACCCUAUACCCUAUAACUAAAACAUCAUAUUGUUUAGUUUUUUAAUCUGUUCCGUCAAUUUCCACUGUUCAUGUGAAAACAGAUUUGUGUGCCAUCCAGGCCUGGAUUGUUGAUAAUUGACCUGGUUGCCCUCCAUGUGGGUUUUUCUGGACAGGUGUCUGGGCUCACGGCGACUAUUGCAAGAUCAACCCCAAGACAGGAGGCAUCGUCAUGCUUGGCCGCAGGUAUGCCCAUCACUUUGGCGUGACCAUAUGUGAGGAAUGCUUCGUGGCAGUGAGCAGAGGGGCUGCUGCGCACUGGUUGGCUGGGAAUAUAGGGACACAUUGUCAGUCUAGCUCUGCUGACUGGCUGGCGUUUCUGAGGCUGGGCCAGGAAAUUUCAGAGACUCCCCCCACUCUUUCCUCCCCCUCUCCUCUGUUUCAGCAUCCUGUGGUCUUCGUCAGGUGGCACAACCUUUCCUUUGAUGCAGGGCUGGCCCAUGGCAUACUGCUGCCCGAGGCAAAACAGCAAAUGCCUCCUUCUCCCCCACGUCAAGUUGCAUGAUACCCAAUCCAAUGCCGAGCAAGUUGCUUUGGCAUCUAAGGCAGGCUCCCAACUCUCAUCAGCCCCAGCCAGGGUAGCCGAUAGUCUGCUGUGGCCCUCCCAGUGCGACGGCAUCUGGGAGGGCUGCAGGUUCCUCUUCCUGUCUAUAAAAGGCCCUUGGGUGUAGGAAUGUAGGAAGCUGCCUUAGUGAAUCAGGCUACUGGUCCAUCACACUCAGUAUUGUGUACUGGCAGUGGCUUCCCAUGGUUUGGGGAAGAGUGCUUCUUAGCCCUGCUUGAAGAUGCCUGGGAUGGACCCUGGAUCUUCUGAGUACAGGGCAGAUGCUGUGCCAGGGGGCUGCAUCUCUUGCUCCUGCUGUACUACAGUCCCCAUAAUUCUUUGGGUAGGACCCACAGUCAUUAAACCUAUUUAGAUCUUUACAGUUCUUGUGGGCCUGUUUGUUGUUUAUGUCUGUAUAAAACGUUCUAAUGGGUAUGAAUCUUAACAAACAGCGGCCUCUUGGAAUCCCAGCCUUAGGAUCAUUUUUUGUUGCCUAUUUGACACAGUUGUUUUAUUGAGAACCAUGAUAAAUUCCCUUUGUUUUGUCUCUUUUCAUCAGACUGUGAUUAUACUUUAAUGCUGCUUUAAUAAUGAUUAUGCUUUUCCUCUGUGGUUUGUACUUGUUUCCUCCCCCCAGUGAUGGCACACUGAAUCCAAGUGGUGUGAGGUUUGGGAGUUCUGAGAUCUAUAACAUAGGUAUGCAAUUUAACAUUUAUCCACUCUUCUUCCUCCCAUUAAUUACAGUAUUGGCUAACUUGAUUUCUCAUUUUUCUAUCUUGACUUCAUUCAACAACCACCCUGUGAGGUAGAGAGCAGUGUGUGGGUGCUGUAGCAAGCCAAGUCACGAUUGGCCUCAUCUGUAAGGCGUAGAGUACUGGACCCUGCAUGCACUCUAUAAGUCUCUUGCCAUUUCUUCACAUGCCCUGCACUCUGGCUUGGUUCACACACAAUGCUAUGUUGUUGUUCAUUUGGAAUUUGCAAACCCAGCCCAGACGACUAACUAUGGCUUGUAUUUUGCCAACAAAUCACAAUGUGAAGCCAAGGUUUCUUGUUGGUUUGAACUAUGGUUUGACUUUAUGGCCAAGCUCAACAGUUUUGCCUAAUAAUGGUUUUUUUGGGCACCCCACCCCAGGCACAAAGUAAUAGCAGCUAGAAAUCAAACCAAGCUUUGGAGAAACAAGCUUGGCCCAUCUUCUCACCUAAGAAACCACUCAUGCUUGGUUGCGCAAACCAUGGUCAAAGUGUGCAAACAAUGGCUUAGUAUGAUGUGUGAGUGCAGCCAUUGAGACUUCCCCUGAGAGGAAGCUGCUCAGACAAAUAGUGGCAUUUUCAGGGAUGGCUGCUUGCUUUUGGAAUGCCCACCCAUAGGAGGCACAACUGGCAGCAUCUAUUUUUAGGAGCCAGGCAAAGACGUGAUUUGAAGGGUGGCAUUGUGCCCUCUUUUAGCAGGGUGGGACCUGCAAGUCCUGCCUUUUACCUGUAUAGCUGCAUUUUUAGAUUUCUAUUGGAUGUCCUUAAUUGGUUUUGAUGUAAGAUACUUUGGGUCGCUUUGUAAAAAAAAGCAACCAACAAAUAUAAUAAAUCAUCAUCAGAAUUUGUCCAUCUCUGUAUUGUCUGCUCUGACUGGCAUCAAGUAUUGAAGGCAGUGGGUUGGGAAAUACUGCCCUACAAAUGUUUUUGGGCUUCCAUCAUCCCCAGUCAGCUUGACCCAAAGAUCAGGGGUGAUGAGGGGCUGCAGUCCAAAACAUCUAGAGAGCGUCAGGUUGGGGAAGCCUCUUUAAUAUCUUAGACAGACAUUCUUUCUCAUCAUUUGCUACUUAAGCCUUUUACCUGGAGAUGCCAUUGUAGAUUAUCUCAUGAAGGAACACCUGAGAUACAUUUCCAAGGUCUCCUGGAACUUGGGUUUGAAAGCCACUGGGCUGCACAGGAUAAUUUGCAAAAUUGCUUGAGGAAAACUCUUGUUCUGGGUAAAUGAGAGAGGCUUCAUGAUUUAUUGUGAAGUUUACACCCUGCCCUUCUUUAUAAAAUGAUCCUAGGGCAGGUCACAGCCAAAUGCUCAUGGUUUUAAGGUCCAGAAUUAAAUAGCCUUAUGUUGUUCCUUUAGUUGGCACUCCUAAAGGAGGCUCUUAACAACAUCAAAGGAGGCUUGCUCCAUUACAGUGAAUGGGGCACUGCCCCACUAGGCUAGUCUGCUUUCAGCGCCCCCACUUGCCUGCUUUCUUAGCUACAUUCGGUUCAGAGGGCUGGCACUGCCUGAGAGCUGCCUCCUCCUUGGCUCAGAGUUGCCCUUGGAGAACUCAGCAGGGAGGAGAAGGAAGGUGGGGACAAAUCUAGAACUGGUUCUCUCUGCCUGCUGUUGCCUCUGGCGCCACCUGCUGUUAGUCUCCCUGCUUCUGCCCUACCAGUCUCAAUGGGUAGCAGCCACCAUUCAGCAACACUGAGUCCUUUUUUCAACCACAUUUUUUUUUUCUUUUAAGCCACAUGGAAUGAAAACACAGAGACAUGUUGUGGUUGAUGUCUUCAUCAGCAAAUGUGUGUAGCAAAUCCUCAUUUUGAGGGUUGCCUUGAACCAUCUGGCGUGCCCGGUCCCGAGGCAGUUUGCUCUUUGCAAGACUCCCAGUGCCCACAGCGGCCCGGUUGUCUCUGGUGAUGCCCUGUCAAUGGAUUCCUCUGAGGGUGCUUCACCGUCAUAACUCUUGCGUGAUCACAAAAGAGGUUGCCAGCCUGGUCCAUGAAGUCAGUGGAGGGUCUGCAGGAACGAGGGCAGGGCAAGAGGGAGGGCAGAAAAAUCAGCAGUUGAGUGAAGCAAAGGACUGUUUGGCUGCAGGCCUGGUCCUCCAGUGUGGGCAGCAGAUGAACUUUAACCGCCUUCCUUUCUCUCUCAACAUCAUCCCCCCCCCCUCUUUAUUUUCUUGGAAUGGUCUCUCUGUUUGGCUCCCCCCUCCUUUUCUUUGGAGAGGGGAGAUGAUUAGGAGAAACGGCAAUUGAGAAAAGAUAAUAUCUGUUUCCUAUCACAAUCACUGGCUAUGCUGAUGGGAUAUGGAUUCCAGCAAUGCCCAGAGUGCCCCAUUCCUCCUCUAUUCAGCUGCCCAGUGGGAAUCUCAUCUGAGGUAUUCUGAGAUUCUUAAGAGGAAGCAGGAUAAGCAUCAAAGAAGCUCCUUGAGAGCCAGUGUGGUGUAGUGGUUAAGAGCAGUGGACUUGUAAUCUGGUGAACCGGGUUCGCGUCUCCGCUCCUCCACCUGCAGCUGCUGGGUGACCUUGGUCCAGUCACACUUCUCUGAAGUCUCUCAGCCCCACUCACCUCACAGAGUGUUUGUUGUAGGGGAGGAAGGGUAAGGAGAAUGUUAGCUGCUUUGAGACUCCUGAAGGGGAGUAAAAGGCGGGAUAUCAAAUUCAAACUCUUCUUCUCUUCUUCCUACUUCCAAUUCCUGCUUGUAUGGCUUGGCAGUCAGUUGUGUUAUAAUUUACUUUAUGAAUUCAAUUCUGUUUUUAAAGUCUGCCUUUACUGCUAUUAUUAAUAAAGGCAGCAUUUUAUAAUGGGCACAUAUUUACUAUUCCCUGCCGCGGGGGCGCAAAUAAGUCUAAGCCAACAUUUCCUUUGUCUCUUCAGUGGAAGCUUUUGAGGAGGUUUCGGACAGCCUCUGUGUCCCUCAGUACAACAAAGACGGCGAAGAAAGGGUGAUCCUUUUCCUAAAGAUGGCCACCAACCAGGAGUUCAGCCCAGAUUUGGUGAAACGCAUCAGGGAAGCGAUCCGCGUCGCACUCUCUGCCCGACAUGUUCCCAGCCUCAUUCUGGAAACUGAAGGCAUUCCGGUAUGCCAGCACAAUCCUUUUUCCUUACUACUUGCUGCUGCUAUAUAUUUUUUUUCAUUGUUACCUUGGAAUAGUCAUUAAGGAGCACUUGUCAUCUCUCUUCAAAGCCCCCACAUGCCUGGAAAUUUUAGACUUUUUUUUUUUUAAUUAAAAAAGUGGAGUGGAGUUUUAUAGUUUGUCUGUGUUGCUUAGCAACUUGUGUGUGCUUUUCUUCCUGAAUAAGCCUUUUCCUCUUUUUCCUCUUUUUUAAACAGCAAAAAAAAGUCCCCUAAUAAACACCUCUGUUUGGUUUAUAAAUAUACGUGCGUCCUGUUGAUAUACUGAGAACUCUUGGGUGUUGUUGAUAAGUAUAAAAUGAGAUGAUUGCCUUUCUGGUGUGCCAAAAAGCUGCUCCCCGCAAAAAGCAUUUUGGAUAGUUCUGUUCUCUAAAAUGAUAGGUUUUUUAUUUGUUUUGCAAGAAGUCUCGCUUAAAAAAAACCAACCACCUCAAAAUAUCUUGCAAAGCUUGUGACCUAAUUUUUUCACAACUGAAGGCUCACAGAGACAAGUAAGGCCCGUGAAGGAAGUUUUGAUCUACUUCUGACUUUCAUGAGCAGGAACGUAGGAAACUGUCAGAUCACUAGUCCAUCAAGCUCAGUAUUCUCCGCACAGACUGGCAGCUCCUCUCCAGGGUUUCAGGCAGGAGUCUCUCCCAGCUCUCCCUGGAGAUGCCGAGAAUUGAACCUGGGACCGUCUGCAUGCAAGGUGGAUGCCGUGCCCCUGAGCUACGCCCCUUCCAGUGAUAGCCGUGUUCUCCGUGACUUUGUCCAAGCUAUCACUGCCUCCCGUGGAAGCAAAUUCCGUAGUUUCAAUUAUGCACUGUAUGACAAGUACUUCUGUUGCCUGUCCUAAAUCUCCCAACAUUCAGCUUCAUUGGAUGGCCCCAAAUUUCAGGCUGUGUACACACGACACCUUUUAAACCAGAUUCAAAGCACUUUUCCCCCCUCAAAGAAUUCUCGGCAGAGAGGUAAAAUUCUCACUGAUCCUUAACUAAUUACGGGGUCCAGAACUCUUUGAUGGUGUUUUAAUGGUAUAGUGUGUAUGGAGCCCUAGGGUAAUGACUGAGGGAGAAGAGCAGUAUUGGACAGACUUUAAAAAUGAUGUUGAGUUAAUCACUCAUGGCUUCUCAUUCAUAUAUAUAUAUAUAUAUGUGUGUGUGUGUGUGUGUGUGUGUGUGUGUGUGUGUGUAAGAGAGGCAGAGAUUUCACACAUGGCUAAAUCCCAACCCGUUGCAUUUGGGAAGUUGUUGGACUGCAACUUGCAUCCUGCCUUCCCAUUGGCCCAUGGAGUAAGUUUGUUCGUUUAUAGAAGCAUUUAUUAUACUGCCGUAUCAUUAAAGAUCUUGGUGUACAACAAACGAAAUACCAUUUAAAAGUAAUAUAAAUAAUAAUUAAAGUGGCUGGCUAAUUAAUCAGUAUGAAAAAGUCUCCAAUAGAGGCUGGAAGUCAAAGAAGCAAGGAUGCCUCCUGCCACAUCUCUGCAUGAACCGUGUUCCAUAGCAUGAGGCCAGCAGCACCAAAUGCCCCACUUCCAGUUGAGGCCAGUCGGGCCUCUUUAGCAUGGAGGGCAACUAACAGCACUCCUCAAGAUGAUCUUGGUGAUCCAGCAACUUCUGCAGGGCACCACGUUGGUCUAGCCAGUAGGUACUUUAAUGGGGUUGUUAUAGCGUCUUGCCAGCCUGGAGCGAGCUGAUGAGUGUGGCAGAAUCGCUCACCCACAUUAUAGAAGACAUUGUCUUCAGCUUUUUGGUACCAGCAUGUUUUUCUUUAAGCCACACUUUGCCCCAGCCGGCCUCCCUGAAAAGCAGCAGCAAAGGCCCAGUGUCUGGGGUGGGUCUGGUCCUGAUCUCUGGUUGUAUGCUCCAAUCCCUCUGCAAAAAAAGCUAUGGAAGAUCAGCUUCAAAUGGCUCCAUAAACUGAAACGAAAAAGUAAAAGGAGGCUUUGGGGUGUUUAUAUGACAGCUGGUUACCUAGGAGUCCUAGUUUAGAACAUUAAGUAGCCAACACUCUGAAGGUAUGUAUAACUGAAUUCUAAUCACAUUUUGAGGUAAAAUAUGUCCCUACAAGAAAGCACUCAGAGCUGCAUUCUUGCUUUCCUCCCAUUCUUUUUUUUUGUUGUUGUUUCCUUCCUCUCUCCUUUGACCCACGCUUUUUUGGUCAAAUAUAACUCCUGGAGCUACCUGCCACUGACCUCCUUUUUGGGAGCAGACAGCUUACUGUUUCUUCGUGAGCCAGUGUGUAGGAAGAGUGUGGACUUUCCAGAGGCAUCUGGAUGGUGACUGAGGGAGAACUGGAUGUGGGAUGCAGAACUUUUAACAAUCUGCAUCCCAAACAAGAACAUUUAUUGCUGGUUAGCCAGUCAGGCCUUUUGCAUACACAGGCAAUGCGAUAGGUAUUACGAAACACUUGGAACCAUAAUAGAGUAUAAUUAAAAUGAUACCAUUGUAGUAACUCAGUUACAUAUAUUAACUUGUGAUUUGGUGGGUUGGAGUCAUGAGCACAGCAUCACCGUUUGCCUAGCAGUGUCUGCUAGGCAUGAUGGCCAAAUUCUGCCUCCGCAGCUGGAGGCAGCGAUGCUUCCGAUGUUUCUGGAAACUGCAGAAGGAAGGAGGGCUCUUGAGGUCAUGUUCUGGUUUCCCCCAGGCAUCUGGUUGGCCGCUGGACUAGGAGGGCCAUUGGCCUAAGGCAGAGGCAAUUCUUAUGUCCUUAUCUGCUUAAUUUCACAGUACACAAUAAACGGGAAGAAAGUUGAAGUUGCUGUCAAACACGUUAUCGCCGGGAAGGAAGUGGCUCAGCGGGGCAUCUUCUCCAAUCCAGAGACCCUGGACCUUUACCGAGACAUUCCUGAGCUCCAGAACUUCUGAAGGAACCUGCCUUUUCCCCAUCUCUGUGUUUGUGUGUGCGCGUGUGUGCGUGUAUGGUUUUGUACUGUGUAUAUAAUAUGUAUAUGGACGCUGUAUGCAAAAGAAACUAUUUAAGCAAUGGUGUUUCUUUUGAAAAAGGAGAAACACUGUUUUGAUUUGCCAAGUGCUUCAUGAAAAGGCUUCUGGAAGGGCAGCCCUGCAAAUUUUGGUGUAUCGGCGUUGCUUUCCUUCCAGCCUAGAAGAUCUAGCUUGCCUCUUUUUAGAUGCAGCUGGGUACAGAGACUUUUUAAAUGAUCUACACUAAAAAAAUGUGUCUUCUGGUUUGAAUUUUAUCUUUUAAAAUCGAGGCAAUAGGGUGGUAGGCAUAGAUACCAUUUGAUUAUGGUUGGAGGUGGGGCACCUGUUUCCCCCGAGAUGCUGUUGGACUCCAUCAGCCUCAACCAGCAUGGCUAAUUGUCAGGGAUUAUAGGAAUAUAGGAAUUGUAGUUCAGCAGCAUCUGGAGGGCUGCAUGUUCUCAUUCCUGGUUAUGGUUUAAAACUGCUCAAGAUUCUAGGAAACUACUGGUGGCUUUUCAGUGGGAAGACUAGAAGACUGUGGGCAUGUUUCUCAUGCUUGCCACUGUUCUUCACUUGAGGUUUUUUAGGCAACGGGGAUGUUGAGUGUGAUAGAAAGAGUGCAUUCUCAGUGGUGAUAGUGCCCAGUAGGCUUAGAUAGCAGCAUUCUGAAGAACUGGGGGUGUUUUCCUUAGACCACGUCCCCCAAUCCUCAGCAGGCUCACUGACACCCCCAAUCCUCACUGACAAUUGUAUGUGGGAAGGUUUCCCAGAUGCAAGGAAGUGCUCACAACAGCUGGAUUCACUUUAUUUUUACUUAUUAUUUUUUAAAUAAAGAGAUUGACUUCUGGGUCUGUGUUUAAAACUUUUUUUAUUUUUUAGAAAUACCUCUUUUUAAGAUUAGCUUUUAAGACUACUUUUGGACUACUGCUUCCAUCGGAACCAGCCAGAAAAGCACCUGGAGGGCACCAGUUUGGCAAAGCCUGUUUUGGAACAGAGCACAGAUUUGCUGCCACUGUUUGAAAUAAUACUUGACUUUCCUGCUAAAAUAUGAAAGGUUGUAGCCCUCAUUUAGACACAUCUUGCAACCAGUGGAACCGACUAGCAGUGACUAGCAGAUAGUUCCAUCAGUUCCCCGGGACUUUGGGUUGGCACCAGGAUUUCAAUGCUUCAUCCUCCCAGCCCUCAACAGUCUCUUUUGGAGAAAGGGGAGAUGCUGGAAUUAGAAGCAUGACUAUGCACUUAGUUUCCUGAAACAGUUUUCCUGGCUUAAAAUUUUAUACAGAUCUGAAGAAAGCAGGUCAACGUGAUUUUCAUGCACAACCCAUUGUGGAUCCUGAGCGUGGAAGUAAACGGCAAAGUCACUAAUCUUUUACAUCCCCAUUUUUAACUGUGUGUGGGCUAAAGGAGGACAUUGUCACCAGUGAAGGUCAGUGUGGUGCUCUUGGAUGCUGUUGGAUGCCAGCUCCCCUCAGCCCAGCCUGCGUAGCCCAGUGGUCAAGGGUGAUGGGCGCUGUGGUCCUUGCAACAUCUGGAGGGCAUCACAUUGGCUCUUGAACCUUUUCUUCCACACUGCCAACGGCAGUGGUAGCUUUGGCAGAACACAUCCCAUACAGACUUUGGAUACUUAGCCCCCAUUUGCCUGUGUUGGUUUACAAGUAGGGCCCAGGAAAUUGGGUGUGUAAGCAGGAGAGUGCUGGCAGAACCUCUCUUCCAUUAGCUGCUGGUGGACUUGGAAAGGAAGUUUGAGAGCCCUUUAUCUUAAAAUCAGGUCACAACCACACCAUCUGUUUAAAUCACAUGGCCUCCCCCAAAGAAUUCUGGGAACUGUAGCUUUGCAGGGGGAGUAUGUGAAUGCUCCUGGGACUACUUGAGCUGGAGAGAAGCCAUGAGCUUUAAAUGGUUGUGAGCUUGGCUUUCAUGGGAGAAAACGGGAGAAGAGAAAAAUAGGUGUGGAGAGUCCAUGAGAUUAAGGCUUAACACCAGGGCCAGAAAAGAAGCCCUUUCGUGGGCUAGAUUGAGUAUACAGGCUGCCGGCUGCCUGUCCGGUGUCCCAGAAACUCCCAAGACCUUUGUGUUUGGUGGCCAAUAUGAGUAACUUCCUUUCUUUAAAAUAAUAACCCUACCGUGUGAUCUUUUGGGGGCGUGAGGGGGGAGGUGGAAGGAACUGUUUCUUGGUGCUUUGUAAAGGGAUUUUCCCCCUAAUAAAACAAAUUGUUACUUGUGUAUGGAAAACAACUAAACAGAUUUUUUAUGGUCCAUUGUGUUUUUCAUAAUGCAAGAUGUAGUUGUGUGAACUCGGCAAGAAAGAAAGGUUUGGUGCUUCAAAAACUCCUGCGUUAUUUGGAACGAUUGGUGAACAAAUUCUGUCUUGGAUCCCUCCCCCCUUUUUAAAAUCAGGUUGAGUGAUCUCAGUGAUGCUUUAAGGAAUUUAAACUUAAUAAAACUGCAGAAUAAAUUCUCA